AUGACCAAAGCUUCAUCCAUCCUGAUCUUUACCUCCUGCUUCUUCGAGAUUGACCCCUAUGGACGACAGUGUCGACCUCAAUCUAGGUCCCACGGUCUUCUGUGUUGGGUGAGUACUUCAGCGUGUCUGUGCCAUAGAGAAUGUGCUACUGCCUCAAUAUUCCUGGUACACCAUGGAGAGAGCACAAAGUCAAUUUCAACAGGAAUUAAAUUUUGGGCGUUGGAGCUUUGCAGUGAGAGACAGAUAAAUAUGAAUAAUGCAAAAUUUAAAAUCACAUUACAGAGGUAAUAUCAAACACCAGUAGGAGUAAAUUCAGCUCUUAUCAUACUUGUACAUUAUAGUGUUACCUGGAUAAGCCAACAAAGUAUAUGCUGACUUCCUCAAAACUAUCCGGUAACGUAUGCUGCACUGAAAAUAUCAACAAAACUACCUAAUAGAGAGACCGCUAUCGACUCUUGCUAACCAGUCAAUUCUGCCUCCAGUUCUUCCAUUUUUAUUUUAGGAUUUUAAUUAAUAAAAUAAUCGAAUUGAGCGUCAUAAUUCUGCUGUCAUAAUGUUGCCACAGUUACUGACCGAGAUAUGAGGAGGCAUGCACUAAUAAAAGGCCACCACUGUUUUUGGAAUCAAAUCUAAACAAACUGGACCAAGUAGAUUUACAUGUACAAGGAAUUUAUUUGGAUAGUUUUGGUGAAUGUGAAGCUGAAUACUGCACUCUUACAGAAAAUAUAAAUACACUGUUGGCCGAAACAUCCCUAACUCAAUAAGACAUGGACUCUACCUGACGUCUGAAAGUGUGCUGUGCUAUCUAGCACCAAGACAUUAGCAGCGGAUCCUUCAAGACCUGUAAACUGUGAGGUUGGGCCUUCAUGGAUUAGACUUGGUUGUCCAGCACAUCCUAGAGAUGAUCUAAGAUGAUCCCCUGGGUUGAGAUCUAGGGAGUUUGGAGAAAAAGACAACACCUUAGGCUUGUUGCUGUGUUCCUCCAGGCCAUCAUCUUUCAUUGCUCUGUGACCUGAUGCUGCUCACACACGUUGUAGGCACUUUCAGUAGAGAUCAGGGGUCAGCAUGGGCACCUAACUAGUCUGAAGCUGCAAAGCCCUACACACAACACACUGUGAUACCCUGACUCCUGUCUAUCAGAACUAGUAUAGACUUUUUCCUGCAGUUUCAGUUCCAGUCAUUCCUCUGUUGGGUCAGACUACAUGGGAAAGCCUUCACUUUCCACACAAUGUCACCAGCUCACUGGUUUUCCACUUUUGGUAGAUACUGACCUCUGAACACAGUGAACACCCCAAAGGAACUGCAGUUUUGGAGAUGCUCAAACCAAAGUUCUGGCUCUGAUCAAAGUUGCUCACAUGUAUGCUCCCCCAUUUUUCCUUCUUCAGACAUGUCAGUUUGGAGGACAAAAUGUUCACUAGCUGUCAGACAUAUCCCACCCACUGGCAGCCGCUAUUGUGGAAAGAUUAUGUAACUCACUUUACCUGUCAGCGGUCACACUGUAAUGGCUGACUUGUGAUAUAGUUAACAGGAAGAAUUUGCCGAAGGAGUGUGUGAAAAAGCUUUACAUGCACUGUGCAGAAAUAUCAGCCUUGCUGAUAUGUGUAAUUGCACUUUUUGGUUUAGUACUCUACUCCACAAGUUAUUUUUGUGUUGCUAACACAAGCCCUGAGAAGACAAAACCUGUGUGAGUUAAGAAAUCCCUCAUAAGAACAAUAAACUCUUUAUUAACAUACAGUAAUAUAGCUUUGCUAAUUAGCUUCAGUGACUUUCUGAUCACACAGGUGUAGAUAUCAAAUUGACCUAAACUAGCUAAGGUAUUGAAUUACUAAUGUUCUGGGCAUCACUGGGCCCUUUCUUUGAUAUGAGUUUUCCAUGUAGCUUAUUUUCACUUGUUUAUACCUCUAACUGAUAAAUUAAUCAGCUGACAGUAUAUAUUGAGUUUAUUUCUGCCUUAGGUGUAGUUUGCCCCUGAGAAAAUGUGCAUAAACGUACCUCUAAUUUGCUAUUCAGAAUAAGUAUAAAACUGAAUGUUUUAGUCAUAAUUGGAAUGUAACCCAUUGUAUUACAAUUUACAUAAAGAAAUUGGCCAUGUAACAAACAAUGCACUCACCCAGGGAGGAAAGUAUACUCGUUUAGCAAAGUGGAAAGCACUAAUUUCCCCCUGGAGGAUGUCCUGAUGGUAUGUGAGGUCUGUAGGUUGGCCUGAUUAGCACAGAGCAUGGAGUGUGUCUACACCAUCUGACCUACUGAGUGAUAUUCAUUUGUCAUUCACAUAUUGGAGACCAACUGCUGUGUUCUUUGCUCAGGGCAAGGCUUUUCUCAAAGAGUUGUUUGUGUAUGAUUGCACUGGCAAUUUCCCAUCGAGAUGUUGCAUGGAAUACACACUUAAGAGAAAAAUCUGUUUACGAUUCACACAGACUGGUCGUUGAGUCGGUGUAUUUCCUCUCCUAAGUAGGCUGUUUUGUUGCUGAUUGGAAAUGAAUUUUGUUGGAAAUAGUUUUAGAGAGUGUGUCUAUUAUUGUAUAAAUUAGUUACGUACUUUGAAAACAACAGGAAACCCAAACUUUAUUCAUAUAUUGUGUGUGACUUUAAAAUGACAUUAGGCAUUGAACACAUCUCUUUUGUUUUCUUUGAUUUAACAGUUUAUAUCACAUCUUAUAAAACUUGACUUCUAAAGUUUCUCACAAGUAUAUUUUUUCGGAUCAUCACAGGUUGUCAUUUCCUGCCUGUCCAUCAGCACUCCCCUCUAUCUCUACUGUAUGUCUGUUCUUCAGCACUCUCUGGCUUUAUUGUGCCACAGGCUAUGGGGUUGUUGCAUCUUUCUUGUUGCCCCGCAUGCCAAACACUGGUCUUUUUUUCAUUGGCAGCACACAAUAAAAUCACAGGGAAUGCCUGAAUGUCUGUCACUGCGCCAGCGUUACGUUAUCCACUAAACCAAAUAGUGCCACCCUAUUGCUGCCUCAGGUUGCGAUUGAAAACAGACUCUAAGGACUAGGGGUAGACUGAUUUCUUGCCCACAACAUUAUCUAAAUGGCGAGACAUUGUGAAACAUAUUAUGAGAGCAAGUACAACACAAGCAAAGAUCUGGGUGAAAGGAAACAACAUGAGUAAGUGCGAAAAACAGCCAUGAGUGCAGCUGGGCAUAGUGUUUUCAUGUGGUGUAUAAAGUAAUGUACAAUUUUUUUUUUUCAAAGUAAUGCAUAAUCACCCCAUCAACUAAAGUGCAUCACUCACCAUAUACAGUCAUAAUAACACUGUCACCAUUGCCGUCAUCAUCACUAUCACCAUUACCAUAAUCAGGUGCACCAAGUAUGGAACUGUUCACAAAGAGCUGGGCUUAAAUGCAUAGCUAUUCUCUGCGGAGCCGAGUCUUGAGCUUUUUACUUAAAGGUAGAAAGGGACUCUGCAAAUCUGAUUCAAAUUCAUUCCACCACUGAGGGACAACAGAGGAGGAGAGUCUGGCUAGUGACUUAGGGCCCUGAUGUGAGGGGGCACUAGGUGCCUCUCAUUGACAGACCAUAACAGGCAGGAGGGAGCGUAGACCUGCAUAAGGGACUGCAGGUAGGCAGGAGCUGAUUUGAUUGCAGUUUUAUAGGUAAAAAGUGGAGUUUCACAUUUGAUGUGGGCUGUCACUGGAAGCCAGUGAAGAGAGAUAAACAGUAGAGUGACUGUGCUGUUUUGCGUCAGUUCAAAACCAGAUCGGCCGCUGCAUUUUGGAUCAUCUGCAGUUGUUUGACUAUGCAUGCAGGGAGGCCUGCCAGUAUGGAGUUGCAGUAGUCAAUUUGUGAUUUUUCAAGAGCCUGCAUCAGGAGCUGUGUUGUUUGCUCUUGCAGGUAGGGUCCUAUCCUCCUGACAACCAGAUUCUGAGCAGACUUAGUGGGCGCAAGUUCAUUUGAUCUUAUGUGCAGCAUACCUGCUUUUGUAUCCAGCUGAAUUCAUUAAGUUUGAUUGCACAAAGCUGAACGCACUGCAGUUAGAUUUUUCUGCAGCAAGUAAAUCAGUCAGCUGACCUUAUCGAGACUGAGAGAGAAUGAAACUCCAUCGCUCAGCCUAAACAACUCAAAGUUUCAUUUCCCUAAACUGUAACCUUAUAUGUUAAUGUAGCCCUGUCUAAAAUUCAUUGUUUUAGACAAGUAGCUAAAGAUGUCAGUAAUAUGUUUUUGAAAAUGCUAAGGUGUAACUUUAAUAAACAUGGUAAAAUGUUAUCCAUCCAUUCAAUUAUUCCAUUCAAUCUAGUAAACAAAAAACGAAAAAAAGAGUCAAUAUUUUGUUUAUUUGUUUUUCUAUAUCACCAAAAAAUAAAAGAUUAGUGUUUGUUUUCGUAUUUUCAGUUCAAAACAGAAUAUAUAAUAGAGAUGGAAAGGAAAACCAAAAAAAUUAAUCUACUUUUUGUUUUCGGACAGGCCUAAAACAGGCCCACUCAAAAUCAAUAAUAGUAAAUAAGAUUUAUUAUUUUGUUUUCGUUUCCUUCUCUAUUAUAUGUUCUGUUUUGAGCUGAAAAUAUGAAAACAAACAUUUUUAUUUUUUAUUUUUCGUUAUACAGAAAAACAAAUAAAAUAUUGACUGGUUUUUCUGUUUUUCGUUUACUAGAUGGAAUGGAAUAGUUGAAUAGAGGGAGAAUACAUGGACCUAUUAUGUAAAACAGAAUUUAGUUUGUCUUAAAAACAGGAAAACAGGAAAAAACUAAGGCAUCUUUGUCAAGGUGUUAAUAAAGUUUAUUGAAAUUCUGACAGGUUUGUUUACAGCGCCAGUAGUUGUUCUCCGUUUGCAACUUUACAUUAACGUGUUGAGCUGUCAGUCUCAUGUUUUUGAUAAUUGGUUUUAAGGACUCUUUCAGCCCGAUCUGAAAUGCAGAGGGGCGGAGAUUAACAAGGACUCUGGAGAGAGGAGCCAAGAAUGACGUUAGACGAAUAUAGCGCAGGUUAGGCUGUAGAGGAUUUUAAUGUCCAAUACCUUAGUUCAAGCAGAGUCCAACGACUUCUAACAGAUGUUGAAGAGCUUGCUUAAGGUAAAUAUUUUUUAAUACAUGUAUGAUACUGCUUUGACAUGACGUAGUGUGUUUAUUUGACAUGCUAAGCUAACUAGCCCGCUAACGGGAAUUAGCAUGCAUUAGCAUUGUAGUAGCGGCCAAUGUUACUGCCUAUCAUUAUACAAGUGAAUGUUAUCGAUUAGUUUAUGCUCACACAUACUUUGUGUGGAAAGUAAAUGAGUUAAUGGAAGAGUAAGGAGAGACUGAAAGAUAUAUUGUGCAUGCAGUGGACCAGGAAACUCUUUUUGGACCCACUGGAAGAGCAGAAGUCCCCCAAUAAGCUACCCUUGCCUUUCACCUUCGCACUUCUCAUCGCCUUUCAACCCAGCCGGGAUGUGAACCAAAGGUUUGGUGAGUUACAUGCAACCAGUGCAGUUUGUUCUAAAGAACGCAUGAGUGUUGAAUGUUUAAGUUUUAAUUGAGAAAUGGUUAACGACAUUGAAGCAAAUUAUUAUGUUGGAGUUUGUAUACCCCACAUUCUUGAUUGGGACAGAAAAGUUCUCAGUAUCACAGUGUAUAUCAGUUUCAAAUAUUAAUCUUCAGUCUCACAAACUUAUUAUAAUUGAUAAUGACUCUGAGAAAUCAAUAUCGGUAUAUUUCUGAUAGACCAGUGGUUCUCAAGUCCAGUCCUCGAGGCCCACCAUCCUGCAUGUUUUGGAUGUGUCCCUGCUCCAACACACCUGAUUCAAAUGAUCAGCUCGUUAUUAAGCCAUUACAGAGCUUGAUAACAAGCUGAUCAUUUGAAUCAGGUGUGCUGUGAUAGACCAAUGGGGAAGGGGGAUUAUCACAGGCACCCUGGCAGUGCUUGACUAAUGUCAUGAUAGGGUAUAGAUGGGUUUCUUGUGUACAAACAAUAUGAGGUGUGCGCGCAACCAUGGGACAAAGGCCUGCUUCGUAGUAAACUGAUAUCAAUUAAGAUGUGUAUUGUUUGUAAGUUCUCCCUGACACGUUUCAUUGAAAAUCGCUUUGUCUUUUAUUGCAUCAAAAUCAGGAAAACAUGAAAUGUCCAUGAAUUUCACCCAGUUUACCAGGUUGUGACAUUGUUUUAGAUGUUUCUAAUAUCAGGAGCAGGGUCGUAAUGUUUGCAGAUUGUUUGUAUUGCCGAUUCGUGCAGUUUACAGCACAACAGCUCCUUGUCAUUUUCUUUCUCCGUUGACUUUGCCAGUAAACAAAUAAGAAAUGUCCCGCUGUCUGCCCCAAGGCUGCACGUGCAUACCUGUGAUGACGUUGCACAGAAACCCGUCUAUAUUAAAUGAAGUUAAAGCAGGAUACAACAUAAACUGCUAGGCUAUAGAAAUUUAAAACUUAGUUCAUCAUUAGUGUGAGUCCUUCUUUUCAACAGAGCUAAGGUGCUGGUAGCGUGGCGUCAUGUCUUUUGGUAACAGGCACACCACAUUUGUGUCAUUUUGUUGACUGUGGUGUGAUGAAACUUAAGUUGAUGUAGCAGUCGUAAAUGUACCGAAUAAGUAUACAUGGGAUUGGAUUAUAUUGAUGGGUUAUCCUUUGUAUUGUAUCCUUUGCCAUUAGGAUACAAAGGCGGUGUGAAUGUGACAUGAAGUGUAACAGUGCUAUGAAUGGUCAGAAGACUGGAAAAAGUGCGAUACGAGUACAAGUCCAUUUAUGAGUCCAUUCUUCACUCUGCUCUGGCUUUGGCCAACAUAAUGAGGGCUUGGUCAACUUAUUACAUAAGAUAAGCCCGCACACUUACUCAGUUCAACAGAAAGUUUAAUAAUCUCAGUGCUUCACCUCAGUAGUUUUCAAUAUUUUUUUCUGAUGCCUUUGUACCCAAGUCCCUCGUGUAACCAUCUCUUCAACCUGGUUUUCAAAUCUCCUCUUUAUGCUGUUGGUAGUCACAACGCUUGUAAUGAUUGUAGAGAUAGACUUGUUAGUCAGUAGCAGAAAAUGGUUUAUGCUCUUGUUGUGACUGCUGUCCAUUACAAAACCUUUACCAAUCACAAUCCGCAGCACUGCCAGGUACUAUCUGUACACUUGUAAGUACUUUCACCCACCAAACAGUGCCAAAAUUUACUUCCAGGAGUCCCUCCAAAAAUGGGCAAAAAACAAAGCAACACACCCAGACAGGAAUGUAUAACUUUCAGUGUGGUAAUUUACAAUUACACAUAACUUUCAGACACAACCAAUGUAAAUAAGAACAAAGAAACCCUAAAACCAAAACACUAAAGCAGUACCACUCAUUUUUAGGAUUGUUCUCUGCAUAUAGUGCCUACUGGGCAAAUUGAUUUUUGCUAUUUUCUGCCAGCUUAGCAUUUUUCCAGCGUGCCAUUAUCUGAGUGUGUUUGAGCAAGUGGCUAAAUGCAGCAGUGUAGAAAGCCCUUAUCAACACAACACAUUGUAACUUCAGCUCCAGGUGUUUGCUGCCAUGUUACUGUACCCAACACACAUGGCCAUGGUGCUAAUUAAAGCAAUCCUGUGAUUAUCCUGAGAGGGAAAUACCUGGAUUAGAGGGAGAUUUGCAACUCAAACCCAAGACAUGCCUAAUCAAUUUAAAGCCAUUAGACAAUUAAUUCACUUUGGUGGAGGGUGGAUAUUGCACAUGCACUAAUCUGGCCCCUAAGAUGUCACUGUGUGUACUGAUGAGUAUUGAGUGCUCUGUGUACAAAUACAGUGAUGAGAAGGGUAAAGUCACCCAUGCAGAGGGGAGGAAUCAACACAUCAUGCUUACUGUUUGAGCAUCAGGUCAAUAGUUUUAGUGGAUUACAUCCGUUAUGAAAGUCACACCCUGACUCACCAUGUGAUUAAAAGGAGUUGCCAAACCACAUGUCCAGUUUGUUGUGCUGAUUUCGAUAAAUAAAUGAAAGAACAUCCUGGUUAACAAUUUUGAAUAAGCGUAAAUUUUUUCUUAUAACCCCAAUUCAAAAUAAAUUUGAUCACUGUCUGAAAUUUGAAUAAAAACAGAAAGUGACUAUGUGAGAACCAUUUAAAGCCUACAUAUAAUUGAAAAUACACUAAAAACAUUUAAGGCUGAAACAAAUAACAAACAAACAAACAGAAAAUCGAUUUCCUUACGAAAAAUCAAUAAACUUUGAUUCAGCAAAAGGUUUUUAUAAAGUUUGAACAGUUAGAACAAAACUUUGAAAAAGUUGUGUACUGCAAAAAAUAACACCUGGAGGAACAUCUCUCAACUCAUUAGUUUAAUUUGUAACAAGCUGGUGACAUUACUUAACAUAAAAAAACUUUUGAGAGGGACUGAAAAGUUCAUCACACUGUGAGUGAAUGUGUGACAAUUCAGUUCAACAAUUAAUAAUGUGCAGUGAUGUAAAACUGUGCAAAAUUUGGGGAUUUAAUCCUCUACAGUUUAUAACACCGUUAAAAGAGUCUGAGAUUCAAGUCUCUCUUUAAAAAGGACAAGUGAAAAAAGACAACACUGAAUGACCAUAACAGACAUGACUCUGAAGUGGAAAUCACUGCAUGUGUUUUCGCCACAUCAGCUGAAUAUAAGGUUUUGACAUUCCAACAAUAUACAAGAACAUAAGUUAUUUAGAUAUUUUUUUAACAUUAAUGACAAUAGAGCAAAUAUUUCAUUUAAAUCAUUAUUAUCUACAGUGCUUUAACACUGGCCACAAUAAUAAUCAACCAAACCGUGCAGCACAUGUGAAAAACAGUUAGAGUGGGCUUUAUGAUAAGGAAAUUAACAGUACCAUUGGCAAUAUUAGAAAAGAAAGGAAUACACAAUAGGAAGUAGUGCUGGGCGAUAUGGAAAAAAAUGUAUAUCACGAUAUGGAUCAUUUUAUAUCACGAUAACGAUAUAUAUCACGAUAUAGCUAUGGUAUGCUUUCAGUUCUAUGAAAAAUUUAAGUGUAUACAGCUGCACUAGUACAGUACCAGUACAAGACCAGCACUUAAAACUAGAAAAAUGAAUAAAUAAACAUGUGGCUGAAGUGCGUUCAUGUCUGUGCUCACCCAAAGUUAUGCAACACUCACAGAAAACGCCGAUAGUGUGAGCCAAAGCACUCCAUAAUAAUAAUAAUAAUAAUAAUAAUAAUAAUAAUAAUAAUAAUAAAUUUAAUUUGUAAUGCACUUUACAUUUACAAAAAAUCUCAAAGUGCUACAGUACGCAAUAAAAAAAGAGCAGCAACAAUAAAAAAGCAAUAGAAUGACAGUCACAGAUUAGCAUAAAAAAAGAAUUUAAAAAAAAGUAAAAACUAUAGAGUUGCAAUGUAAGAGGCUGGGUAGUAAAAGCAUAAAGCAUAGAGGAAAACUAACCAAAGGCUUUAUUAAAAAGGUAGGUCUUUAGGACUCUUUUGAAGAGGUUGUUCCCACUGCUAGAUGUUUCUCCUCCAAAGCUGCUCUCUGCCUCCAUCAUUGUUUACUUUACUCUUGAAGCAUGUAGCAAGACUCGAGCAUAAAUCCGAGCGCUUUAUUCGCCUAUCAGGGGCAGACAGGUAAGGUGAUUUGAUUCGCCACGACUCCAGAAAUGAUUGAAAAACUACAGAAUGUCACAAAAUUACGUUUCCUCGCUGCUGGCUUGAAGGGUAGAAAUGCGCAGCCGCGUUCCCAGCUGACAGGAAGUCAUACCACUGUUGUAGUUCUUUUGUGUUGCUAGCGCGGUCAAGAGUGUUGGCUCUCACUGAGAGAUGACUACAAAAAUGGACGCACCUGUUCAUCUGGUUGUUAAACACGGCUGAAAAUGAUCAUCUUUUAAUGUUGUUCCCGCUCCUGCCCACUCCCGUUGCCUUUUUUUCCCGUCCCGUCCCGAUCAAGGGAUUAAUAAAAAAAUGACUCCCAUCCCGUGGGAUUCCCGCGGGAAUCACGUGACCCACGGGAAUUUUUCCGAAAAAUGUCAUCCUCUACAGGGAAGGUCCCGGAGCAGAUGAAACAGGUGCCGGAGCGGCUGAAAUAGGUCCCGGAUCGCGCUCCGACUUGCUCCGGCACAAAUUAAGCAUUGCUUACAAUGAUCCCCUCAGGUGUGUAACUCAGGUAACCCGCAACGGCGGGAGACGCUGGACACGAAGAGGGCACGUAAAGCGGCGUCAUGUCGCAAAAUCGAUAGAGAAAUGCAAGCCUACAUGUCAACGCAUCCUUUUCUUUGUAAGAAAAUAUUGUUUUCUUUCCCGUUCGACACCAAAUACACUUACUGAAUGUGCAAUUAUUGUUGUUGUUACUAUGAAUCAUCUGAUGGCACAAGCCCUAUGGAUAAAAUACAGCCUAUCGCCCGAAACGAUAAAAAUAAAAAUGGCACGAUAGACAUUUUCUAUCGUGCCCACGAUAUCUAUCGUCCUAUCGCCCAGCACUAAUAGGAAGUGUGAAAUUAAACUCGCUUAGGAUUCAAUAAAAUUACAAAAGUCAAUGGUAAAAACAAAAAUUCAUUUUUAUGUAUUUUUAAAAUAUAAUUUGAAGUUGUUUGUAUUUUAUGUUUAAGGUUGCUGUGAGGGACUUAGAGUCUGCAUUGAUUUUAGCACCCCCUGUUGUCAAAGGGAAAUCUCGUAUUACUUGACCUGUCUGACUUUCAAAGUAGGGUUUUCAGACAAAGACCUUAACCUGUUAACGUUUCACCUGCUGUGAGUAUUUGCUGUGGAAAUUGUCAAAAUAGGUGGUUUGACGGCCUGUUGUCAGUCAUGAAGUCUAACAUCCGCCCCUCACUGUGCUUCAGUUUCAGUCUGUUUUUCAACCAGUUAUUAACUCUUUACGAUGCCUUUAAUUAGAGAAGCUAAAAAAAUGUAUGGUUCAGAAAUAAUCUCACAUGUCCAGUGAUUUUGGCCCAAACUUACUAAUGUAAGGAGUCACUACUAAUCAAAGUCCCUUUACUGAUAUUAUAACAGCAAACUGAGUAAACAGAGCUGCUGGGAGACAAAAUUUGAGCUGCAGGACCUGACGCAAAGCACACUGAAAAUAUUUGGUUGAGUUUAUAUACUCUGAAAUCUAGUCAGUGUAAAUCUGUAAACAAUUGUGUUUUGGCCAAUCCUUUCCAAAGAAACAGUGUAAUGAGCAGCUAAAAAAAAAAGAGUGAAGAGUGCAUUUUUUUUUAACCUUCAGUUGUCUCUUGACAAAAGAUAAAAGUUGGUAGAUAAGUUAUCCUGAGGUCAACACAUUUAAUUCUUUAAAAGCAGUAGUUUGAUUGAGAAAAAUAUUUAAUAUUUCAUGGGUAAUCAAAGCAGGCUUGGCAUAAAUGGAAUAAAGUCUGCUGCAUUGAAAUCAUUGCCAGAAUGGCGAUGCCAAAGUUUGGCAGAGGUCAAACCAGAGUAAAUUAUUGAUUCAAUUUUUGUUCUUCUUUUUCCAAAAUUAAAGCAAGUCUGUCCUCUUUAAAAUGCUUCUCUAAAUGUUUAGCAAAAAAAUCAUUUUAUAUAUGAAAUCCGAAAUAAAUAGAAGGUAGGGUAAGCCACGGGCCGGUCCCAUCACGACCCAGAGACAGAAAUGAAUCCAGGUGGACCGCUUCCUUCUUUUCAAUUUUUAUGAUUCCUGCAGAGCUCAGAAAUCCUGAUAUUAAGUACUUUUUCUGGCAGUCAACCAGAGUGCAUACCCUUUAAUCAGACAGUAUGCAAUAUGCAGUAUGUAAAGCUGAACCUAAUUCUUUUAUUUGCACACACAAAAUAUAAUGUAUUAACAAGCAUACUGGAUUUCCACUCCACAUUGAGCUGUCAGGGGGCAUUUGUCCAUAUAUGCAGUCUUUAUUUUGUACAGCCACAGAAGGGAGAACCUGUCUAAUACUUGAGCCACACAUUGUCUUUAAGCAGAAGAAAAUUGGCCAGAAUAUUCUGUAAAGAAAAAAAAAAAAAACAUUCAUUCCAAUUAAAGCAGGCCUGUGCAAGUGCAGCCAAGCAGCUCUGUUAUUCAAUUCCAUUAGAAUGAACGAUGCAGCGGCAUGCAACCAUGCAGUUAACAGGAAUUAAAACCAUAGGCAAGAUGACGGAUUACACGAGAAUAGAGGUGUGUGGGUGUGUGUGUGUGUCUGGUUGUGUGUGUGUGUGUGUGUAUUUUUGCAUCCAUGCACACGUGUACUUUUUCUCCUCCUUCGCCAAAAUAUUGUGUAUUGGAUAUUUUUUUCCAACACAUGUACUUGAAUAUUAAAUCAAAAUAGCUUGAACAUUGAAAUGUGCUAUGAGGUCUAUGCUGUGGCAUGGCUUCAGUGUACUUGUCAGUGUUUGCCAGCUGUAGUUAUUGCAUGAUGUAUGGCUCUGUUCUUGAUGCAUGCAUGACAGUUGGCAGUCAUUAAUCAUAGUUAGAAGAUAGGACAUGGCUUAGGCUCCAUUUUCCCCGCUCGCCGUAAGUCUCAUAUAAGUUUACCGUUGUUUUUCUUCAGGUCCAAGCUGCUUCGGAGAUGGUGACAUGCACAAACAAAUUUGAUAUCAUUCAUUGGUAUGAGAGCUGUGAAAAAAGCUUUUGAAUAAACAGUAGCAGGCAAACACCGAGCCUUUGUUCCUGUGAUGUACACUUAAGCCACACUUUGUUUGCUGCCAUGAAAAGGAGUCUGCAAAUGACUGUGUUGGUAUUUUUGUUGAAUUCUGAUGUUGUGUACUUAAAUCUUAGAAUUAGUGCAAUCCUAACUAAAAGACUAUUAGUCAGUUGGAAUCAACAAUGAUGGAAUCAAACCAGUAUUUACAUCUGAUUUUGCUCAAUCAACUCCUUUCAAAAUUUUGAUUCAAAAUAUUUGUCCAAGUACAAACAUUAUCCUAAAAUUUAAAGAUACAUUAUCUUAAAGCUCCAGUGAGGAGACUGAGAUUCAUAUUUGCUUUUUUUUUUUUUAACUUUCAAAAGCAUACAAAACUACCAUUGACAAUUUUUAUAUCCUAAUUUUUCAUGCCCAAAACAAGUGCAAAACAAGGGGGGAGGCUCCUGAGAGUUUUUUGUAAGCAGACUAAGGGGCUAAAAUACCAGCCAUUAACCCUCUUACUUGACUAACAGCAGUAGACAGAUAUGUGAAAUAUGACAAGCCUUUAUAAGAAGUUGAAAGCUAAUCCUGUAAAAUCACAACAGUGACAUUAAGUAGCAUAGCAUCUAUAACAUCUUUGUAUAAUAUAGUGGUGCUCUAUGCAGCUCUCUGCUUGGGGAAAGAAACCACACUGUUUUCGGACAUGCCUUAAAAAAUGAUUAAUUAACUCUGGAGUAAUACUCCGCUUUGAUAGCAAUUUUUUUUAACAAUUCAACAAAUCUUGACAAAAUACCAGUGUCUCCCUCUCUUAUAGUGAUUUUUCCACACUAUUCCCUGCUGUGUUUACACGUGAGCUUCCUCUGAUUUGAUGUACCCAUUGUAGAGGGGCUCUGGCAGGAAAAAGUCUGGGUGAAAGUUCUAUGUGGUUAAAUCAUCCCAUCUCCAAACAAAGGUGCAGUUUUAAGGAAAGCAGUCUAAAUGUAACAGUUCAGUCUCCACGUUAUAACACUGCUUUUAACAGCAUCUGAUGUAAUGAAGAAACUCAUAUCAGAGUGACUCUAUAGAGGGAAGCCUUAGCUCUCAGCUGUAACAUAAUUAGAGUCUCGAAGCUUUGAUUGUUUUCAUGUUUGAUAUUUCUAGACAGGAUCAUGACUCCUGAGUGUCAAGGCUGCCAUUAGGACGUCUGUUUUAGGAGGCUGAAAUAAGAACAGCGUGUGGUUCACUUUCCUUCUCCAAACUUUCCUUUGUUCUGCUGCUCACUACAUGUUUCAUUUUCUGUUGAUGUGUGGGUGUGACAGUCAGAACCAGGCUCACCCGGUGUGUCUGCUCUGGUAAAACAGCAUUGUCGCGACACACCCACCUUCACAGAGUAGACUAACCAUGCAUUUAAUUAGAAACAAAAGCUGGAAAUAAUUAAUUAGAUGGCAAUUCCCUUUUUUUUUUUUUUACCCUUGCCAAAGUUUAUAAUGAAGUAGAUAGGCUGCAGGAAUUUCACGGAAAAUACUUCAUUAAAAUUAAAAAGUGAGGGGGGGCCAUCACAACAAAUGGUCACUUUUUAUACUUUCUGUUCUUUUGGGGCAUGCAUGAAUGUGGUCCAGUCCCCUUGACGGUAAUACAUAUAAAUAACAAGUGGAUUAAGUUUACAGUUUGGUGAUGUUUCAUAAAAAAAAAUUAGAGUAAACCUCUUUAUUUUCCCUUACAGUGAAAUCUCCAAAACCAUUCAGAUUUCUUCAUGCCAGGGCUUUCAUAGAGAGAGAUUGGGUUGAUAAAGGGACAGCGUUGUGUGUGGAUGGAGCAUGUGUAGGUGUAGCAAUUCUAGCGCAGUACUUUAGUGUGAUCAUCAGAGGCUGCAGCUGCAUCUCCUCAUUUAAUGUUUCAUACUGUUGAAGUCAAUCAGCCGAACUGUGCAGCAAAUCAGGAUGUGUGAUUGCCAUCAAAGGUGUUUUUCUUUUUCCCUUUUUUUGCAUGAUGUUGCUGUCUUGACAUGAUGAAUCACACAAAUUGAGACAAUGGCACACUCUUCAAAACACUUUCAGGUGUCCCUGAGUGUGAUACUCUGCUGUAAACACAAGAACUGAUAGAGGAAGAACAUAAUGAAGGCACAUUCAAAGAAUUCGUCAAUCUUUGUGUGGUGUCGCAUGAUUCUUAGACUAUUUUAGAAAGUCUGUGGAUUUGGUCCAACUGAAAGAUGAUUUCACAUUUAAAACACUCCAACAACUCUGAAGAAUAUUGUGGUUUCAAAUGAUUUAAACUUGAUUUUCUCAGCCAGGUUUCGUUUCUUUUGUAGGAUAAAAGUAACAAAAGAAAACGUGAAAGCAGGCCAAAGAUUUACACACAUGUGCAUCAGUGCUGCUACUUUAGAAACAAUGAGCGUUUCAAACUGAAAAAGGAAAACUGCGAAUAUUGAAGUCCUCCACAAACAGACGAUCUAAAGCAACACCACUGAUAAGAACAAUAACAAAAAACAUUAUUGGCAAAUGUGUCAUGCUUCAGUAGGAGAUUCAGGGAUUAAACCCAAAGUAUUUCUAACGGCUUCGACCAGGACUCAGCAUCCGGGGGGAGCAUGGACAGAACAGGGAUAAUGAUGAUGGAGAAGUUAGCAUCACUUGGCAGCCGUCUCCACCAGCUUUGCUUUAUACAUAAAUCUCUUUAUUACAAAUAGCGAUAAAACAAGGAUGAUAAUUAAGGCAAGGUUUGUUGAUUUUCUAUAAAAUAUUUUUAAUGUCUCAAUACGAAAUCAUCACAGUUAAGAAAAAAGAUCAGGUCUAAGAGUAGAACUCAAGUACUAGUACGCAGAAAGAGCACAAAUCUAAUGAAUGACCUUAACAUGUCAGCUGAUUGCAGAUUCAGCCUCUGAUUGGUCGGUGGCCCAAAACACAGAUGGCAGCCUCUGUCCAGCAUGGUUAGCUACAAAUAAAAUGAUGCUGUUGUACUAAAAUCCCUUGAUAAAUCGUCACAGAUUGGCUUUAUUUUUAAGAGAUUGGGUCAGGGCAGUCUCUAAAAAAACACUUAUUUCUGUCAUGCCAUUCUAUUUAUAGAGCUGCUUUUGCAAAUACAGCAAUGUAAAGUUGAAAACAGCAGUGUUGACCAUAGAGACCUACUCUCCUAGACUCCACGGUGACAGUCGGUAGUACACGCAAAAUCCACAUUUAAAUAGGGCGGUCUGCACCACUUUUGCACCUGUUAUCAGUUAUGCAUGCAAUCAUAGUUGAUCACCCGCAACACACCCACUAACAGCAUGUGCAUUUUUUUUUUGCACAUGCAAUUUUGCGCUCGUUAUUUGGGAUCUUAGCAAAUCAGGCCCUAGGUUCGUGAAGCCACAAUCAAGAUAACCUGAAUAUGUAGAAACUGUCGGAGACGAAGAGCAUGGGGGAGGUUUUCAGGAGUGUCUGACAUUACUCAUCCUCCAUCAGCAGAGGUUUGAUGCUUUCAGUUGUAGUGCCAUUAACCAUACCUGAUGAAACAACCACUGCAAUAACCCUGUCACUGUACUGCCAAGUUCAAACUUACCGUCAUUUACAAACGUGUCAAGUUUCCUACAGCUUUUUCAGUUUUUGCAUUUGUAGCAGUUUCAUCACUGAAUUGAGUCUAGACAUGUGCAUACUUUUUAAACUUAGCUUUGUUUCUGGAUGUUUUUAUAGCUGGUUCAAAAUGUCUGGCGUUUUUUUGCAGGUUUACUCUUGUCAGCUGCUGCAACUAGGUGGUUUGUUCAACAAUACAUGCCAAAAUUAGCCUUUUCAGAAAGAAAUACAGGGAUCGCUGUCAUUGCAAAAACAGCCAAAGCAGAGCCUCUUUCAUUCUCAAAUAAAUGUCAAUCUAAAUAGAGAGGUUUUCUAAACAUAGUAAGUGUUUUUUUUUGUUCCAUUUGACUUGUUGCCUCUUCUAAAAAUGUUGUGUAAACUUCAAACUGAGAUUAAUGACCAACCUGACACAAACUCAUUUCCGUAACAAGAUAAGAACAAACAAAACAGAUGCAAGAGAAAGGACACAUUUACACUCCAAUUAGUGCUUUUAAAGGCCGGUGCUGUAUCAAAUGCGGAAAACACAGCCCGUAGCCUCCUCCAUAAUGAGUCAUUGAACCAUGGCUUCCAAUGGACCUCCUUCGUCAAUGUCAUGUCCACUGAGUGCCUCAGUCACAUUCAAAUUGGCCCAGGGUCCGCAGACAUUGAUAAAGGGUCUGCGUUUGGUGGGAAGCUUGCAGGCCGAUUCCUCUCAGCCGGGCUGAGGCAGUCCAGUCUCUGUCCAUCACUUCCUUGUUAUUUGCAUUGGCCCCAAUCAGUCCAGAGUGUUGAUCAAUGCAGAGUUAAAGUGAGCUUUCGCCAAGCAUUAGGAGGUGCUUUCCAUUAUACUGUUAGGUACAGCGCAGUAAUGAUUCGACACGGGACAGAUGUCCAGAGGACUGAUGGCACUGGUGUAUAAAGAGAUGUAUGUAGGCAGCAAAAGGGAAAUUCUAACAGCUGUUUAAUCUAAUCUGCAGCCUUUUAUGAAUACAUUAAUUGUUGUUACUCUUUGUUGUGACUUCUUGUCAAGGUGAGACGUUUUAUUGGCUCAGGGCCUAGCAGAAAUAUGUGCAAUAAAGUUGGGGUUAAAAUAGUGUUGGGCGGUAUGAUGGUAUAUCAUCUGAUGGUAUAAAAGUGUCUACCGGUAGAAAUUUUGUUAUACCUUUUAUACUGGAGAGAGAGAUCAGAUGUCUGCUGCAUCUCUCUGAGUCAGUGCGUUGGUGCCUGCGCUCGCUAACAGGAACACCGGAGCGCAUCCGUUUGGGUGCAUUUCCGUAUAUUCACCAGCAUGUCAUGCAGAGUUUCUUCACUCCAUUUGAUUGGUCAGGUUUGGGUGCGCUUCCUGGCAGUACUGAGGCAGCCCGGCCCACCCAACAUGAGGAAGAGGAGGAGGAACUCGUUCUGAAUAAGGGGGGGAGUCGCGACAUAGAUUGUCUGGGAUUCUUUAGAUUUCAAAAAUCCGACAGUGAUCAAAAAACAAUAAUAUACAAAAAGUGUCGUGUGGCUGUCAUUGCUGGAGGAGGAAACACCAGCAACUUCUUCCACCAUCUAGAGAUGAAACACGCCAAGCUCUAUUAUGAGAGCCAAAAGAUGUGUGGUGCACCUGCCGCACCAAUAACUAAAGCUGCAGCAGCUCUUCUAAUACAAAAGAGCUUGGCAGAGUCUUUCACCAAAGGUACGCCAUACGAUAAAAAAACAGCAGACUGAUCUGGCAUUUUGUUUGCAUCUGUAUACAAAUCUGAGUUUAGAAAUAAAAGGAAAAUUAACAAAUGUGACAGCAUGGUUUUUUUAAGCCAUUAAUUGAAUUUACAGGGGGAAAAACAUACCAUAAUAUAUACCAUUACAGUGAUCUGAAACUACUCGUACAGUGAUGUAAGAUUUUGUUCAUACCUCACAACACUAGGUGGAAAUUAUGGCUGCUUGCUAUUCUGCACCCUGAAAGUUUGUGGACAUUUCCUGGAGUUUUUUGCAUAUGUGAAUACAGCCGCUAUAAACCAAAAAUUUACCGAUACCGAAAUUUACGACAAUAACCAACGUCUUUCUGCUCAUGCCAAUAUAUUGGGCAUCAAAUAAAAGUUGGUUUUUAAUGUGUGUAGGUUGGCUAUGGUCUCAUGUCCCUUUAAGACGCUGUCCUACGUCAGAGACGUAACUUCGCCCCAUCCAGUCCAUAACAAAGAGGGAAAGUUGUAGCAGCUGGAGUGGUGGCUGAAGUAGAAGGAGGUAAUCGAGGUGAACUGCUCAAUAUAUUGUGACAUUGAUUUGAGGCCAUAUCACACAGCCCUACAUUGUAAACAUGUAAGCUAGAAAGAGGAAACACCGGUGCAAAAGUGAAGCCCGAGAUUUUAAAUUUCUAUUUUUAAUGUAAUUGAUUUAGUCUUUUUAAUUCUUGUUGGUCUUUGUUGUGGUGCCUCUUCUUGCCUGACAAAGGGCAUGUGAAUGGGAAAGCUUCUUUGCAAAUCUGAGAAGGGCUACAUUCAUGUUUUUCCUGCAAAGAUCUUUGUCUUGUCAAGCUUGUACCUCUGAAUACCAAGAGGAGCUAAAGCAUCAGUCAAAAGAACAGAUCAGACAUAUUUCCUUUUAAUCAGUCCCAUUUUUUGUGUCUAUCAGUGAUUCAUGAAUUCAUACGAUUUAACGCUAAGUUUACAGGAUUGUCAUUGAAUUUGUAACAGGAUUUUUAAUGCCCUAUUUAAUGUUGACUUUUAUAUCUGUAUUUAUUUCUUCUCUAUUGUCCGUGUCCCUCUUCCUUCCCUGGUCUCUAUAUAUCUCUGUUUCACUCCUUCGUCACUCUACAUACCAUGUUGUCCUGUUUCCUAAAGUGGCCAGUUCUGGUUGAUGAUUUACAGUAAAAUUGCUUAUAAAUUGGAGUGGAAAAUGUUUUGCAGACCUGGCAGCUUUCAAGUCCUGCGCCCAUUUGUCACUCGACAUUUCCUUUUGUGUAACAGCACGAGAAUUAAUUAGGCUGCGUGGCGGCAAAAGUUUACGGCUAUAAUUUAUGGGGAGAUGAGAUUCCUUGGACACCAUCUCGGACCCAUGUCGAUUUAUUAUUUUUAUUAUUGUGAGUGUGUGUGUGUGUAUGUGUGAGUAGUUGGACUUAUGAAUGAGGUUGCCCUGUGUUAAAAGCAGUAAAGCAAGAUUCAUUUAAGCUACUUGGGGCAAACAUAUUCACCGUGGAGCAACGACAGGCUAACAGCCAGGCAUAAACAAAGAUAGACUCUAUAGAAAUACAUUCAAAAGCACAUUAUGCAUGAAUUUAUGGACAAAUAAGCAAAUAUAUUGGAUGGACAUUCUCUUUAAACAGCUACACACAGAAACUGGAGCAUGUUAGCUGGUCGCCUGCAAUUUGUAAAUGGAAUGAUUCACUUAAUCACUAUUUUUAAAGCAAUCUUUGAUUUAAAACCUUUUAAGAGUUCUUCUGGGGAGUUUUUAGCUGGCUUUGAAACAGACAAAUUAAAAAAAAUGACACUUUUUUAAGUUUUAAAAGCAAACAAGACGGUCAACAAAAAUAUUAAUUAUUUCCAUGUAGUAAUUUUAAACUACAGCUGUAGGAUAGGUGUGACCUAAUUGUGAACUUUUUAAAUGUUGAGUUCUUGAUGAAUGGUAUAUUUUGCUGCUAAGAGAAAGCAGGAUGAGAUUUUUUUGAAGAGGGACAGUUUACACAUAAUGAUAAGCAAAGGGAUUAAAUGUAGAGCUUUGUCCACAGGAGGCGCUAAACACCAAUUUACUCUCAUACCUUCAUUUAAUCCCAAACCUUUAUUUUAUAAUAAAUAUAACAAAAGAAGGCCAAAUGAAGAUGGAAAACAGAAUUUAUCAGAUCCCAGCUGUUUUGGUCUGGGCUAUCAAAACAUUUAAGAACAAAAAAUAAUCACAGGAGUAAACUGUGAUCAUUGGCAUUAUUAAAUCAGAUCCAAAAUCCAAAAUUUUUAUUUCAAUUUUAGUUUCAAAUAAAUGUUAUCAGUAUCUUGAUCUGAAAUGAAAGGAGUGAAAUGUUCGUUAUGAUCUCUGCUUAAAUCUCUGGUUAGGACCUUUUGUUUGGUGUCAGUUUUUCCUCCCUUUGAAGUUUAAGCACUUUUUUUGGCACAUUUUGUCCUUAAAAUGCUCAAGUAAUAUCUUUUGAUAAAAAAAAAAAAGAAAGAAAAUCAUCCUGCUGACUUUUGACAGCUAGAAGUAGUGGUUAUCAUUCAUAUUUUGUGUGCGGCUUAGCUGCUCAUCCUACCCCUACCCCCUUGCACUAGUGCUGGACAGUGAAAACUUCAGUGUCAAAAUGAGCAGACCUGUCAGUGAUGGUCUUGUUUGCUUUUGUACGUUAGAAAUAGUCAAUAUGAAAUUCAGUCAUACUUCAUAAAUGUCAAAAAACUCCCCACAGGAGCUUUAAGAUUUAUAAUAUGAGUUAAUGCUAUACAGUUACACCAGCAGGGCCCAAAACCACGGCCUAGAGGCAGGAGGCACCUUCAAGGUUAGGGCUGGAUAUGAUACCUGAAUCGACUCAUUUUGCUUUAUAUCGUCUGGGUCAAGGAGAACCAAGGAGAGAAAACUUGUACUCUCAUACAAGAGUUAUUUGACUUUCCAUACAUAGAAGAGUCUGAAUCAGCACAAAGAUCUGUUCCUCUGUGGACUGAACUGACCUUACGGAUCUUUGAUGUUUAAUCGGUGAGUUUGACACAUGUUUUGGUCAGCUGUAUGGAUGUGAUGCCAGUCUUGUGACACUGCUUGACAGAUCACUUCUACAUAUGCCUUGGCUGCUCAGCACAAUAUGGCAGUGCCCAUGAAAUGAUGUAGUCCAUUAACAAAGUCACCCCUAAGAUUCACCCCUAAAACCCUGUAAAUGUGAAUACACAGAGUUCCAUUGAUGCUGAACACCCUGUAGUGGAUUCAUACCUGUUCUGGUCCACGCUUGUGUUUUCACAGAAAACGCUGUGGUGCAUCUCAGCUCUGUCCUAGAAGCAACUCUAAGCUCAGCUCAAGAUCUAAGAUGAACACAUACUGGGAUAACAUGAUAACAUAUCGACUAAACCACGUGACUGACCAACAAUCCAUGUUGACCAUGUCUAGUCUGGUGGCAACCCAUCCGUUUAAUUCACAAUGACGUGCAAACUCCAAUCUAUAAAGGCCAAGGCCGGAUUUGAACCAGGAAUCUUUUUGCUGCUCUUGUAAUGUGUACAAUUUGUAUAUCCAAUUUCUGGAUUUGUAUGUUUAAAUGUGUUACCAAUGUCAUUGUCAAAGUAACACCAACCUGCAUGUCUACAAAUAAGAGAUAUAUUUAUUCCAAUCAGUCAUCAUGAUGGUCAAACCUGAGGAGCAGCUCUGCUUGAAAAUAUCUCCAAUGAUCCUGUAACCUUGAGGGAAUUUCUCCCCAGUGUCUCCUUGCUGCAUUUGCAAGAAUGUCCAUUCGGUCUCUCCCUUAUGGAGGUGAAAGCUGUGCAACAACGAAACACACUCACACACACAUUCUGGGCUGCUCUCAGAGCUGUAGUGGAAAGUGUUUGAGAUCAAUUGUGGAUAAUUGGGUCUCCACGCGACAUAAUCUCACAUUAGUACGGCCAGCUGUGCAGCAAGCAUCCCGCUACCUGUUUAAAGAGGUGUUUUGGGGUUGAUCAUUGGGCUUUUACCUGCUUGCAUCAGUGGAAUAUAUCCUGAAUACGACAAUAACGAAUGUUCACCAUGUUUCAGCCACUCUGUAUGUGUGAAAGAAUCUGACCUACAGCACAAUCUGAUGUAUCUAUACUAUGAUAAACACUGGGGUUAUGUGUAAGUGACAUCACUAACACUAUCUUUGUCAUUCCCUAUCUUCCACUUCAAUGCACACACAUCAUACAACCAGUCGUAACUUUGCAAAAGAAAUGGCUGCUCGCACCAAUUUUGUAAUCAAUGCCCACAGAAAAUGGGAUUCCUCCGGCCGCCGGCAAUUAAUACAUUUGUGUCCUUUUUUAACACUAGUGAGCCGAGCUUGAAAUUACCAAUGACUGGCUCCUGCUCAUUUCCAUAUUUAUUGCAGAGGAGGACGAGGUGGUGGCGGCGGCGGCGAUGGUGGUGGGGGUGAAAACUGGGGCGAAUGAUUGAUGUGGAGCUCGCCUCCUGCAUUACAAACAGCCCAUUAUUGGGCAGACAGAGGAAGAGAGAGGGAAAGACAGAGAGAGAAGGAGCGAGAGACACUGAGAGGGGCUGACAGAGAGAGAGGGAGGAUGAAGCGCGGUCUAGCAUACAGUUGAUUAAAGUUGAAGACAGUGGGAUCAGUCUGCGCCGGAGGUUUUUGUCCUCCACCCCUCCUUCCCCCCGCCUGUUUCCCUUCUCCCUCCUUUUUUUUUUCCUUCCCCCUCCUGUCUUCUCACUCCAUAUUUUGUGGGGAAGAUGGCCUGGGCUGGAGCAUUAAAGGCCUGUUUUAAUAGAUGUUGACAAGGAGUGGACCAACAAAAGCCCAAGCCUGAGGAUUUGCUUGAAAAGAUUCAAUCAGACAUGUUUUCACUGCGAUUAAUUGGCGGACUCCGAGGGGGAGGGAAGGGAGGGAAGCAGGGAUGAAGGGAUUGUCGACGGAGGUGUGAAUGAGUGUGAUUGUUCUGAGCACCCAUCCCACCUCCCCACCCGCCCCUUCUUCCCUUUUGCUCAUACACCCCCAUGCUUCCCUCUGUCAUUUUGAGCGAUAGUUUGGAAAUGUCCUUUGAAUGAUGCUAAAGAGCAAACUCCUCCGCCCUCCCACUUCCCCUCCUCCUCCUCCCCGUGAAUUAUGAGUAUUAUUUCAGGGAGGUGGGAUGUGGCGAGCCAGAGAGCAGGACGACACGGCUUUGAUUGGAUCUGACCUGCUUCUACUUGUGUCAGAUACAGAUUCACAUUCACCCACACUGAUAAAACUGCUGGUACGAGUGUGUGUUUGGAGUGUGAUUAGCUUUGACAACCAGAACCUGAUCGUGACGCGGCUGGAGAAGUAAAGGUAGUAACGUUGACCUAACUGUAGCCUUCAUCGCUCUGCACGCUGAAUGUAAGUUGGACUGACAUCUAAGCUGAUACCAUACUCACCUCAAACGCUGGGUAUCAGGUAUAGCUGUCAUAUACACUGUCCAGUUUUAGCCAGUAUGUGUAAGUUGACAUGAAAUGUCAUUAAUGAAAGAAGAGAAAACAAAAGACACUUAAAACACUGAAGAGUCUGUGCAAACCAUAACCUGUCCUUGUUCUGACUGCCAGCCCAAAUCCCUUACUUAACAUAUCCAGAUUGAAUUCAGAUUCAUUUAAGAUCCCCAACUCACAUUGUUCUGACAGACUGGAAAUGUAUCCGCUUCAGUCACUCUCAAACUGGUUUUGACCUUAUGUGCAUGCGCCAUGGUUUAACAGAGCCUUAUCUUAAGGUCCUUACACAUCAGGAGCUUUUUUUUCGUGUGAUUAUUGGAUGUCAGGUUUUUUUUUUAACCCGUACCCUGUCAAAUCGCCCACUACCAUGGUGGGAAAGGACAAACUUUUGUCUGCUAAGAAAUACUCACCCGGAGUUUGUAUACUAGAAUAAAGACAGUAGCUGGUCCAAUAAAAAUACCUAAUUCAAUCAAGCUUGACUGUUCAUGUCAAGAAAGAAAGUCAAAUGAAGUCAAAAUUGCUUCCACAGUCUGAAAAAAGUUAUACAUGACAACUCUAAGGUGUGGUUGUUGGAAGUUGAUAUAGUAGUUUUCCAUUUCGCACUGUUUAAUUUUAUUUUAGGCAUGUGCAUUGCCUUCUAUGUGCCAAAACUGGUGACUAAUACAUCAUAGGGUAAUGGUUAGGUAUAAAGAAAAAAUAAACAUGCUUGACUUUCUGUGAGGAGGUUGGGAGUCUCAGACGUAGCUGUAUUUGUUGUUUGGUAUGGCACACUACACUUUGGAGUAAAUAUGCAGUCACAGCUCAAAAUCUCAGUUUGUUCAAUCGUUUGGUUCAUAAAAACAUGCUAAGAUGAUGGCGAUGGCCAAAAGCAAUUCUAGCUCUUCAGCUAAAAUGCCUUUAUAAUUUUGAAAUUUUUAUUUAUCUUAUUAAAAGUAUGAUAGCCAUUUUAGCUCACAUCUAAGAAACCAUUAUCUAAGGGGGAAGCUGAAGACACAUUCCCACUCAGGUGGAAAUUACAGUCAAUAAAUCAGUCAGCCAUCACUCAAUGUGACUGGCAGCUGUCUAGUUUUCAGUCAUUUAUGCCAGUGAAAAUAAAAUGUGCAAAUUUUCAUACAACUUAUGUAAAUUAAGAAGUUUAGAUCUCAAGAAGAUUAGCUUAUUCAUGGUUUUAUGUUGAGAUAAUACUACGGCCACAUAAAAGUGACCCAAUGAGAAUAAACUUUCCACAAGGUUCCAGCUUGUGAAAAUACACCUGUAGUACCUUUUGAUUCAGAGAGUAAAUUAUGCAAAUCCGGACGUGACAUAAAUUCAGCAGUGACAUUAGCUCUGUGAUCUUAAGCUUUGGGGAGGUAAGGGAUCCAAGGCGGCAUCUGUGGCUGCUCGUCCCUCCUCCCGUCAUGUAUCUCCGCCUCUCCAAACUUCAGAUCCUCCUCAGAAGUGUUGCAGCAAAGUCGGCUUUGGUUCGGGGGAGGAGGGAUAAGAAGUGGGGCAGAGAGAGUGCGCAUACAGCAAAUUGGCAGCUCCAUCAAAUUAUACUGGCAUUAAGGGGGUUUCGCAGGGCGUAAUCCACACGCCAAAGCCAGAACGCCCCUCCCUCCCUACAACGUUUAACUUUUGUCGACGUAAACGCCACAUUUCAUGCUCCGCCAUUAAUCUGUCGGAUUACAGGAUGCAAGCAGACUGAGCAGGGUUUUGGUUGGGGCAUAAGAAAUGGGGUGAGGGGUUGAUUUGUAAUGAAUUCUCUCGAUCUUGGCUUAAUGUCGAGCGGUGGAGGUAGCCGGAUCAAGAAGGUACCUUGAGACUCCCUGAUUAGUGAUUUUUGUCUUCACCAUUUCUACAACUGGUCAGAGUGUUUGGCCAGAGCAUUUUUUCCAGCUACAUACACAAUACAGGCCUGAAAUGAAUCCCGGUCUCCUGUGUUUCCUUAUGAUGGGAUCGUCUCCCAUAUGACGGGGAUGUUCCCGGGCUUCGCAGUCAGAGGAUAACCCACCUGAGGACAGCGAGGGAGAAUGAGCCUGUCACACAGAGGGGGGAUUGUGCCCUCUCUCCCCGGGGUGUGGAGGAGCUCGCAGCAGGGGUUAAGGAGGAUCCAGUCGUGGUUUCUAAUGGAUGAAGUGCUCUGGGAAUAAUUUGACACAUGUGGAGUGUGAAGAUGCCGCUGUAUGGCCCUCAUCCCGUGAGUGAAGACAUGAGAAGAACAGCUGGUGCUGGACCUUGAAUGAAAAAGACAGCCUCUUAUUCUGAUCUGUGUAAACUUCAAUAAGGAUAGAAUAAUAGUCUUCAUAUUGAGAAUACAGAUAGUUAUCAGUUUGAGUACUAUCAAGACAUAUCAAGUGUACCUUGCUUUUCUUUUUUUUAAAGACAGAAAGGUUGCUGCAAAGAUUGGCCUCGAUCCAUUUACAGACAAAUUGACCUGUUUCUUCAACACAGUGGUACUUCACAUGCUAACUUUAGUUUGCUAAACUGUAUGCAAAGACACGCUACAAUCACCAUUUCAGUUUAGUUUGCUGGUAAAGUUAAUUUGCAUAUUUGUGAUAUUCAAGUAAAGUGAAGAAAGCAUUUGAUUAAGUUGUAGUUAACCACUAUUUGGUAAUGAUUCUGCAUACACAACAGCUAAGAUGCACAUGCCUAUUCGGGAGUAUCCGCAUAACUUUUAGUUUUUAUUGCAAAAAUAAGGUUAGAAAUGUCAAGGGAUGAAAGGAUAUCAGUUCCAAUAAGUUCCUCUAUCACAUUUUGCAAAGACCAUUUUUUGUUCAAGACCACUAAAUCAUAAAAACUUAUUUAUCUCUUAGGGACGGGACCAUGUCUCACUCCAAUAUCUUUUCAAUUUAUUGCAGAAUCAUCAUAUGUAUGUUUAUAGGGAGUUACUUGAUGACCAGCUAGGAUGCUUAUAGGAUGGUUACAGCUUGGUUGCGUAGUUGGUGGUCCCCCAGUCCGAUGGUUAGUGGUACAUCCCAACAGUUCACAUGGUUAAGGGUUCUUAACAGCAAAACCCCAAAUUGCUCUUUGUGAUGUAACCAGCAAAUGUGAAUGCGUGUGAAGGGGGAUUAAUUAUUUCUAUACUUUGUAACAUCCUUUUCCACCAGUGUAUAAAUGCUCUAUGUAGAUACCAUAAAAGUGCUGAGUGGAGGACUGUAAUAAUAGUACAGCUUAUUUAACCUGUUAACUGUAGUAAAUUUGAUAACAGUGCAAAUCACAAUGUAUUGAGAUAUUAUUAUUUGGAUGUAAUCUUAGGACAGACCAACGUUUCCAUCCUUGUCAGAGAUUUGAAAAAAAUGUGCUGCACUUUGACGGUCUCAUCUUUUCUUUGAUGAGGACAUACAGUGUAACACCCACAUGCACCAAGGGGUCUGAACACCAUUUUAAAGUAGUUCAAAAGAAAAGUUUUCUUGAAGACACUCUCAUGGAGAAAAUGUUUAUUUGCAUUGAUUCAGGUCUUCUCUGGGGGUUCCCCUCAAGCACAGGGAUUUACACAGCAGUGAAGUGAGACUGGCAUCUUUCUUCCUAUGGUGCUGAUGGCCACUCUCUCUCACAGCUCUACCCUGUCUCUGGAAUAAAUUGAAUGUCUGUGACCACACCAUAGAUCAAGACAAAUAAUAAAUCGCCUACUUACUCCUUCUCCCUCUUGUAUCUCUUCACCUCCUCUGUGGAUAUGCAUUCUGCCGGCUCCCCCUCCCUCAGCGUUAUGCUGUCUCUAUCAGCCCUUUCAGCCGUCUCUGUUGUUCACUAUCUGUGUUUCUGUUGCAGCCUCAGCCCUCACACUCUAUCUCUGAGCUGUCCUGCCAGCUUGUACUGUACAGAGCAGUCUUCAGUUAAAAAGUGAGGGAGAUGUUGAAUCUUCUGCCACCUCUUCUUUCUAAUUCAGAUGUCUUGCACAUCUUUCUUCACUUGCAAACAUACGUUUUUGUAGUAGAAGUGUAACUAUUGUCUCUACUUUGUACCCAUUUUCUCUCCACUUAAAAUGCAAAGGAAUGCCUAUCCUAAUUUUACAACAACCUAGCAACACCACUGGCUCCACCUUUUGGCAAAGUGGUGAUAUAUCUGCUUUUUUUCAUCACUGAACAACCAGAAUCAAGAAGGGAAGGACUUUAGAUAUCAACUUAGUCAAGAGCAAUUGUAGAGAAAACAGCCACCACAUUUUUUAGUUAAAGGUACAUGUCUUUAUUUGCUAAAAGUGCUCUGACACAAUUUUUAUCAAUUGUUUUUGCAUUAGGGUUUUUUAGAUGCAUACCAAGCAUUGUGAAACAAACCUGAUGAUCACUACUAAGGGAAGCAGAAGUGACGUAGAACAACUUUCAAAACUGCAAAUACUGGUGAGAAGCACUCUAAAAUUGAGGUGGUGGGGGCUGUCAGAGAAAAAGGACACAGUCCCAUAGGUAUAAUACACUUGUUAUUAGGGGUGUCCCGAUAUGAUAUUGAUAUCAGAUAUCAGCAAAAAAUCGAAUAUUGGAUUAUAUCUGCUUGCAUCUAAAAUCUGCAAUAUCAGCACUCUGAUACAAGCAGUCCAUUCCAGACUCCACUCCUGCACCUCUAUCUAGCAGCACCCUGAUCCAGCAAGCUGAGCCCACAAAAUCACAACAACAGUGUGUACUAAGGUACCAACAAAGUAUCAAGGAGUAAGAGUGAUGUUGGCCUUAUGGCAGUAUUUUUUGUUUAAGUCCGAAAAGGACACUACAACUGAGUGAAAAACUUGGCAUGCACAAUUUUGUGCCAAUGUUGGAUCAGUAUUGGUCUCGGUCAUUGUUGAAGGCUACAAUAUCGGUAUCCUAUCAGAAGUCAAAAAGUUGUAUCAGGACACCCCUACUUAUUUCACUUAUAUGUAAAAAAAAAAGUUUCCUGACAGAAACUCUGCAAAGCAGGGACAAAUAAAUCUCCUUAUCUUAAAUUUAAAAGACACUGUAGAAAGCCACAACUCAAAACUAAAGGCACUAAACAAAGGAAAAUGAAAAAUUUGAGAAAACCACCAGCAGCACUUUGGAAAACAACCAAUACUGUCAGCUUGAUAUUUGAUCCAGCAGAGGGAGCUCUUAUUGUUGCCUGACCACUGAGUGGCACUCUUGACCUCAGUGAAUAAAUGCAGUGAUGAUUUAGAAAAACUCAGUUUCCCUGGUUAUCUUAUAAUUUAUAACAUUGGAAGCACAGAGCAUAAAUUAACAAUAUAAAUAAGAGCAUGAAUUGAUGAAGAAUGGUUUCUUUGCACAGGAACAUUUUCACCAAGAGAAGUUGUUUGUAGCGACUUCAGGUCCAUCGUUACCACCAUUUCUAUCUCCGACACAGAUCUCCUAACGCUCAUGAAUUCUUAUCCUUGUACCCUUUUUGGAGCAGACACCUCUGCCAUUGAUAAAUGUCUCUACCAAGCCUCCACGUCCUCUUUAUCUAGGAGGUGAAAGAACCCACCUCUAUCACAAACAUAUUAAGCAGACCUAACAUCUUGAUAAAACCAAGAUCACCAUCUCAAUGACCUGCAUUGAUCCAGCUCUCCUGGUGGCCUGGCCAAACUCCACCAAGGACUUUUUUUGACUCACCUUUUCUUAGUGAACUCCAGUUUCUCUCUUGCUACCUUGAGUUACUAGUAGAAUUGUUACGAUAAAAGCCAGGGGACAGUUACUCUGAUACUCCCUGACAGAGGUUUUGGUAAACUCAAAGGGUUGAAACCACAGAAAGUGAAAUACAGCAAGCAGAAGUGAGCUCCCAAAAUGUUAUUUCAAUGAGAGAUUGGAGGUAUCCUUUUGUGGUACAUGGCUCAUAACAGUGGUAUAUUAGUAUACAUGGGCAUCAGAGCACAAGUUAUGGAAGAGCAGCCCCUAUAACUACAUCAUUCAGCGGUGUUGAAGCAUAACCUAUUUGGGAUAUUUAACUAGUGGCUUGAUUCUUUAACCAAACCAUUGAGGCCUUCAAAGUUGAAGGUAGCAUUAUAUACACAGUAAUGUGAUUAAAAUGUAUUUGCCUGCAUCUUAGAGUCAUGACAGGCAGCACACAAGGCCCCACAAUGUUGAAGAGUUUGCUACUCCUCAGGAACGCUGGGGCCUCUCUAUCAUAUUUUACCAUGACUCAAUUCUGGAGCUUCGUCACCCCUCCUAACUGAUCUGAACACAGAGAGGAAAAGUAUGGCUACAGGGCCGAGACUGCUGGUUGGAACCGCACGGAACAAGUCUUGACUGCUUAAAUCCGCUUUGAUCUGCGUUUCCUGGAGAGGGGAUUGUCUGCUUGGUCCUGUGGUAACACUUUUGUACCAGCCUGUGCUCUUUGCAUCAUCUUACCCUGCGUGAAGAAGUCUUGCUUUGCUUUUUUCUCUCUCCUUUUUCAUUUUUUUCUUUAUCUCUAACACGGGCGUGUGCACAAAUAUGUAUGCAAACACACGUCCACAAAAUCCACAUACACACAUUUUUUUCUGUCAAACACAUUCUCUUCCUGUCUUUCUCAGCCCCCCUACUCUUUCUCUCUCUCUCCAUUUUCCCUUUGACUUCCACAGACACUAAUUCCCUUUCUUCAAGGACAAGCAUCUCACGGCACAUCAUCUGAAUAAGACUUUGAGUCGCCGUGGCCUCCCAGGGCUUAAGUCCGCAGAGCCCUUCUUCCCGAUCCCCUUUUUAAUGUUCUAACACCAGCCUAGUGCCGUCAAUAAAUAUUAACAUCCAGAGGGAUGAGAUAUGCUCUGGUUAGGCAGGCCGCUCACCACAUGGGUCUCAGGGUGGCUGUCUCUCAGCUGAUACUGAAGAAGGAUUUUUGAGCCAGUGACCCACACUGAAAGACCAAAAGAGCUUUAGGACUGUGUAGCUCUUGAAGAUACCGUGCAGGAAAUGUCUUCAUCAAUCGGGACACUAAAUCAGAUGGUGUCAAAUUGUUGUUUCUGCAUGGGUGGGAAAGAUUUCUUUUCUUUGGUGUCAUUUAGGACAAAGACUCGCUUUGGCUUCAGUUCUGACAUCCAGAGUCGAUUAGCUUUGAGCAAAGUCAUGGCUCACAUUAACAAUGAUGGUAAGACUUAAAAUGAAAAUCCAUGUCUAUUCAUCUCAUAAUGCCACCGCUGCUGCCGAUGAAAGUGAGCAGAGUAGGUUUGGGUUUAAUGACCCAGCUGUUGUUUUCUUACUCUGUGUAAGUUUGAGUGUGGAGGAUUUAAGUUCAGUAAUGUCUGUGGAAGAUGCAGUGUCUAACAGUUAGCAGCAUUUAGGAGGAAAGAUGUAAAAAUGGUUUAUAAUUUUCAUUAGCUGGUUAAAUUAGUGUAUAAUCACAUGGAUGCAAAAAAGUCAUUUUGGUUUCCCUACCCUUGAUGAGGCCUUUCAUACAGAGUGGGGCGAUAUAGGCUAAAAUAUUUAUUAUGACGAGAUUUGCCAUUUUAGCGAUAACGAUUAAAGUCCCAAUAAAAAAUAUAAUUCCAAUCUAUAUUUUUGACUCAUUUUGUCUUGAAAACAGCAGCAGCAGUUGGAGUAGUCAAAUAAGAUACUUAACCACAAGUUUAAGUGUUAGGUUACAGAGAAAACUGAUUACAUCAAACAAGUCUCAAGUGUAAAAACAUUUUCAACAUUUGUUAAAAACUCUUAUUGCACAGAGUGAACAGCAGCAGAUCCACUGUCCGAUGUCAGGCAUACCUGAUUGCACUCAUCUAAGCCCCAAUCUUGAAGGAAAUCCCUCAUGUGGAGCCUCCUUCAGUAACAAGCUUCUCAGAAACGUCUUCUUUAUUACCUUCAGCCACGUGUGUUUGUUAUUGAGCUCUGUGUGGGCUAUGGGCUAUAUUUAUCUUGGAUGAUUUUUCUGACGAUAUAUCAAGAGUGAUAAUUUAUCGCCCAUCCCUAAUACAGAGGCCUUCUCGAACAGAUAGACCACUUUGUAUUCAGGAGUGGCAGCAGCUGGGGGAGGUGCUGUCACUCUUAAACCAAAAUUAGAGUCUUCAUUGGAACCUGGAGGGUAAAAGUUAUCAGUGGUCAUCGCUGACCACUGAAUGGUACUCUUUACCUCGGUGAAUUAGUACAGUGGGGAUUUUCUUCAGAAAUGGAGGGUAUAUGCUGUAAUCAAGGCCAUCCUGAGUCGACAGUCACAACAGCAAAACAUCUGAGAGGCACCUUCAACACCAUAGAUGGUUUAAUAAAGCCUCGGGACUGUACGUUAACUUUGCUAACUCAACAACAACAACAACAACAACAACAACAACAAAAUCUGAGAGCUCAUCCUUCAGUUGGCGAGGAAGGAACCACUGUGGAGCAUGCAAUGUCAGCAGAUGACGUUAAUAGGAGAGCUAUACUCGGUCCUGAUAAUGACACAGACUGUUAUUUCUGUUUUUUUGGAGGGGCUUUUUGUGCAUUUCUUAGAGAGGAUAAGACCGGAUUGAGCAGGAAACGAGGAAUGAGCAGAGAGUGACAUGCCACAGGCUGGAAUCAAACCCUGUCUGUCUGCCUGAGGCAGAACCUCCAUAUAUGAGGCAUGCGUUUAGACUGCUAGACUCGCUGUGCCCCAAACUGCCAGUAUUUUAAUAGAAGAUUUCACCGACGCUAGUUAACAAGUGCCUUGUGAGGAAAGACAAUUCCACCAGAAAUCAUUGCAAAAAGCACAAGAAAGCAGGUGAAACAGAGUUUAGUCCUUUUUUUUUUAGGGGAGAACAGUAGAUUUUUAAUUUUGAGGAUAAAUUUCAAUUCACAUCAAAGAAAAGCUAAAGAAAAUGUUUGUUUUUUUCUUUUUAAGUCUGAUUUUCUUCAUUGAAUAUGUCAAAUUGACACGUAAAACAAACUAGAAUCAGCAAAAGAACUUUCACGUAUUGUAUCUGUAAUCACUUUAAUAAUGACAAACAUUUAAAGUCUGUAUUUUGCCUCUAAGAUGUUUAGUUCAUUCUGUUUUCUGUGAUGAGAGUUUGAAACUCAAUGAAAGCUCAAAUACCUUGAACAAUAACACACACAAAAAAAAGUUAUCACACUGUUGAUUUAUUUCUAUGUUGCCAAAACUGGGAAUAGUUGUGAAUAAACUAUGUGUGAAAUGUAUCGUCUUUUCACAUUUACUUCGAUGUACAAUUUUCAAAAUAAUAGAGUGCCUCAGACUAACUUAACUUAGCUGUGAGGAUGGAGUGAUCAAUCUUGAAAAGCCUAAUUCUUGAAUAAAGGUUUCUGGUAAAAACAAACGUUAUCAGGAGCUUUCCUUCUGUAAUCAAAUCAGUAUCUGAUGGAAAUUCAGACAAACCCAAAAAAACAGUCAGCAUUUACACGUUUUCCCACAUGUACAGUACCAGCCUGGGUCUAAUGACUGUAACUCCAGCAGCCACUGCCACAGGAUACUGUCACACUCAGUCCUCUUCCCUCGUCCCUGACUCCCAGCUCCCACCCCUGAGCCCAGAUUCAUUACAAGCUGUGGCCAGGGUAUUAAGAUACGGCCGCAUUAACAAAGUUGUCUCUGUAUCUUAAUUGAAUCUACCCCCGCCAGAGCUGAAUCUGGAUUAUGUUUACCUGAAAUAUAAGCGGCUCGGCAGACGGAACACGGCCCCACUGAUAAAACACUGGGUUGGCCCCCUCCCCAAUCCUAAUCCCCAACUGUAAUUUGUUCCUCGAUGGAUGUAGUCGUAGCGAUGGGAGCCCCUGAUUGGGAUUCAUUCCAAAAACAGGGAAGGCAACUGCAGGUAAGUUCAUCUGUUAAAUAGUGAAGGUGUGUGUUUCCGUGUGUGCGGGAGACUAACCUGAACUGUGCAUGGAUCUGCCUCUUUAUCAGCAAACUUAAAAAAAAUGUCCCUGUCAUGAAACAUCAUCAGGUAGCAGCUGUUUUCAGGUAAAUACAGAUUUGUUAUUGCCUCCCAAAAUGAGCAUAUGAGAUUUCUAAUGUAGAGCUCUUGUUGGCAGGAAAGUAAAACCAUUUAGACAUAUCUCAACGAAAAACUACCUUUUUAACACAUUUAAAUCAUUUCAGGUCAAGGACAGAGCCUGGUCAUGGUUACAGGAAAUACAAGUACUGUUGUCCCAGUGCCCUUGUAGUCAAACCUGAAUCCUAUGUAGCUCAGGGAGUCAAAAUGUGGGCUGGGUAAGUGGGGUUUUGGUGAAGGGUUGGACAGGGUUUUUUUCUGAGUGGUCAGAAACUGUUAACAUAUUCUGAAUCCCCAAAAAGAGGACACUACUUCGCAGGGCGGAGUCACGGGGUCGCGUGUAGUAAAUUCCAAAGUUUUUUGGGUUGGCUCAAGUGUUUUUUUACGCACUUUUAACUCAGUUACUCCACGCGACACAAACUCAAAACUUCCAUACAAAACCCUGGACAUUUUAAGGAUUUUAUAAACUCCCCCAAAAAGAGGACAUGUCCAGGUAAAAGAGGGCGAAUGGUCACCCCUAGUUAACAAUACCAGCUUUCUAAAAUCAUUUCACUCAAAUUUUGUAGUCUUAUGUUUGAGUUAGCAGGACGGAAGUAGAAUUGAUUAUUUUUUACACACUGUGAUGAAAACCAGAACAAAAGAAGGUGAAAGUAAACUAAGUGAACCCCCCAUGACUGAGGUCAGCUAUCACUUACAACCACUAUGUCAGGGGGGAUGAAAGAGAGAGAGAGACAGUGAUGGUCCAGAACAAAGUGACUCAAAAGUCUGUCCAGUUUUUCCUCAGCAGUUAUAAUGCCAGUUCUAAGAUACGAGUAUCAAUACAGCUGAGAUAUUAAACUGUCAAGCAGCCAAAAAGUAUGUUUUCACUGUGUAACAUUUAAACACGGUGAUCCCAGAAAGACCCUCUGACAAAUCUUACCAUGACUCUUGAGGCAGACACCUUCAAGAGACUGACGGGAACUGAGAGGUUUCCAGAAAGCAGAUUGAAGGUUACCAGAGUUUUAUCUAAAUACUGAUACAAGUGCUUAAGUUGGAGUGUGAUAAAAAUGUGAGAAUUUAAAUUAGAUGAUAUUGUAGUCUUUCAAAAGUUUUCACAAUGUAAUUUUGUUAAGAAGUCUUUCUACAAGUUUGUUGUUAAUCAAAGCCAUCAACCUUGUAAUAAAUAUUAAGGGGGGCAGCCAUCUUUGAUUUAGUUGGGAUUUUCUCAGUGUUCUUUAUCCCAACUACCUUCUUGAAGAGUGAAAUUCAAAUUGAAAUUUCUGGCCACAAAAAGGAAAUUCUGAUUUCCCAGCUGUUAAGUUGCAUCAAAGCAUCAGCGUGGUUCAAACGUUAACUUCAGUUUUACAUGAAUUACUCCUCGAUAAACUGUGUUUUAGAUUAGUCUUUUUUCCCUAAAUAUUUACAGUCUGACUCUGUGAAGUGUGAAAUUGAGUCAUGUCAGUGGUCAUUUUAGUAACUAAGUCUGUUUUUUGUGGGGGAUUGCACCACUGUUGUUAGCUCUCCAUGAAAAAGGUACAUUUCUCUCAAAUCCACUCACUGUAUGUUCAUUGAAAUAACUCUAGCACUUCUUCAGCACUCAAAUAUGCUGCUGUAGAUUUCAGGAUUCUCCAGGCCAAAGAGAGAGCUCCAGUGUAAGAUCACCAUCCUCACUCUUUAAACCUGAAACCAACUACCUUCUGCCCAAGCCCAACAGAUAAACACCCACACACACACUUAGACCACUCACACACACAAAGGCUGGCUGCUGACCAAAGGCCGACAGUGGUAGGGUCUCUUCUGGACAAGCCACCAUUGGGGGGUCUCACAUGAGGGAUGGCUCUGGAUGGUGACAGUAUUCAGGGGCCAAGUCCUUCGCCUUUUUGUCCUUCACAGGGCACCAUCCCAACACAACUCAUUUCUUAACCUUUCUCCUGUAAAGACUACCCACUUUUUCCGUCUCCAGACCCCAACCCCCCAUCUUGAUUCUACAUAUUUCAAAGGGUAGAGCAGUGAUGCACUGCCAACCUUAUUUUGAGUCACUACAGCUACAACUAUUAAAACCACUACCCUUUAGAUAUGCUUUAGCAGGAGCUCUGUGCAGUCUUUUGUUUUAGUGGGUCAGCCAUGGAAAGAAAAGGGAUAAACCAAGUUAAAGAAGUUAAAGUUGAAUUGAUCUUCAACAGCCUGAAUUAAACUAAUAGAGUUUUUAAAAUUCAGAUCUAAUUUUGCUAAAGAGUUCUUUUUUCAAGACUAAUGAGAAAUUUGAAAUUGCCUUAAAGUUUAAGUACUUACAUUUCAUAAAUACACACUGUAAACAAGUGAUCAAGAAAACUCCAACUCAUCGUAUGUUUUACCAGGAGUACUCUAUGUAGAUUUUGUAUUGUUGCAAAGCAAGACCACAUUUCCCAUCAGCCCCCUUUUCCCUCCCAGCCAGAAGGAAGUUAUUUAGAAGCCCCUCCCCAAACAUUUCCUACCUGUUUGUUUUGAAGUGGAUAACAAGUCUUACAGCCUAACUAACUGACAGACUACAGAGAGACUUGGUGAGUUUUUAUACUUUACCUCUCCAAAUGAUCUUUGAUAGAAUUAAUUUGUAAACUAGAUAUGACUUUUGCUAAAUAUGCCAUAGAUUUUUACAUACAACAUUGUCCCUGCACCAUUUUGCCAUCUCCUUCAUGAUUGAUGAUUAGUGGAUCAAGCUUUUGAAAGAUUAGGAACUCUUUUUCAGAUUGUGUUGAAAUAAAAUCAGUGCUUUGAAGCUUCAAAUUUAGCAAACAAAGAGACAUCUGGCAAUACUACAGGAAGCCAUUUAAAUGACAGUUUGAAGCUCCAAUAUAACUCUUUAAUAUUUUGAUCUGAAGUUUGAGAAGCUGAUGAAAAGAAACACAAGAUUCCUGUGGAAAUUAGGUGUCGAUGUAUGCAAAGAUGCAGUAUAUGAGGAGUGCAAUCGUUUUUCUAAACCAUAUUUUUUAGUUUCAUUCAUUCCUGUUCCAAGUCAUGUGGUCCUAGAAGUUAACAGAUACCAACUUAACUCAUUUUCACCUUUCACCAUGUCUGUCUGGGGCACCCAUAGAGUCACUUUGCAUGUUUUGCAGCUCAAAAAACUAUUGAACCAGCAUCUGUAAAAUCUGUCAUUUAAGCCUAUGCGCAAAGCACUUUUGUUUGCCUGCUUCUCCGUUGAUACAAAACUUGAGAAAGCUUGUGGGUGUACUACCUGAAAUACUACCUGACAGUUAUGCACUUCUCAGAAAUUAUGGUGUUGUGGUGCAGUUUGCCUGACCAUGUCCUCCAGUUGUGUAGAGUAAUAUGACUGUAAAUGUGGCCAGGUUACAAUGAGAGCACCUUUCACUGGCUCAUACAGCAGGCUGUUUCACACAUCCUGAUACUCUGGUUUACUGCAUUAUUCAGAGUUUAAGCGGGUCAUUAAAGUUCCAAUAUGAACUUUUCCUCCAGACUUUGAAUGAGGAUUUGAAUGUUGGAUAUAAAGUGAUGAAGGGAUCUUGCAAGCCACUUUCUUAGCCCAACAGUAUCAAGAGAGUGCAUUGUGAAGGGAAAAGACAAGUGUUUCUGGCUGCCAGGUUUGUGUUUUUUUGACAGAGCUGUGAGAUGGGCUCAUCCUUGAGCAUUGUUUUGAUAGGAUGGCACUACCUGACCUUAAGUUGAGGCCAUGCUGCAAAAUGUGCCGAAAAGAAACCUGGAAAACAUGUCCGGGGAUUACGUUUUAGUGCAUUUGUAACAAUUUAUGAAACUUUGCUGCACUUUCAUGUCUGUAACAGUAUAUGCAGGUGUGAAAGAACACGUCUGCACAGUCGGUCCCCUUUGAAGUAUCAAACUUUUCAGAGACACUCGUGAAGGCUGCAGUGUGUUUGUUUUACGCUCACAACACAAAAUCAAUGUGGAGUGUUUCUUGAAAUUCCUUCAGCUCCUCCUAGUACAACACUUGUGAUGUUGUGAUUGUGCAUGUAGGUUUGUGCUUUAGUCACUUUACAGCUCUAAUUGUACAAAUACUCUUAAGGGAUGAGGAAAGGCUAAACAAAGAUACUCCAGCAUGUCUAUGCACUCAACAGUCUCCGCUCUGAGCUGGAGGGGACACUUUGACAGCUUCCUUACUCUACACCCUCCACAGGCGAGGAAACAGGUGGAGGAGGACACUCACUCACACACACACGUGCACACACACACACACACACACACACUUGGCACUCCAUCCACACACUCUUAUCUCCAGCAGGAGGGCUUAAGAUAGAAAGCACGCUGUACAGUAAUUACCACCUCCCCCCUCCCUCCUUCAUCUUCUGCGUCGUCUUCUCUCUCUCUCUCACCUUCCAAACUUUCCCAUCUUUCCUUUCUGUGACUCUCUCCCUGUGGGACAGCUUCAUCCUCCUCUCCCCUGUUUGAGCUCAUCCUGCCACCUUCCUCCCCCAACCUCCCGCUGGCCAGGACUAAGCCAUGUGUAGCCUCGCCGCUGGGAUGUUGUAGGCAGAGCGACAGAGGGCCCCCCGGGGCUUCACGGCGAGCCAGGCACAGUCGGCAUGCACUUGACGUGAUGCUGCCUCUCCUCGGGUGACAACACUGCAUCCCCAGCAGUCGCGCUCACCAUCCCUCCCCUCCGUAUCCCCGUUCUGACUCCCGUUCCCCCCACCCCGAAACAGAUGCUCGGGACGAGGGCGGCGCCAGUCAGGGGGGACGUGGGUUAAUUGGGGUAGUAGUGGGGGUUAAUUUCAAUUAAAACUUCAACUAAUGGAGGUCAGGGAAGCGUCUGCAAACACCUGAUUAAAACAAAUGGUCCUGCCAGUCAAAACUUUAUCUUGGUCAGCCUCCGGCAGAGUGUCCUACGCUCAGAAAGGAAGAACAAAAAAGGGGUGCAGGCAGAGAGAGAGAAUGACUAAUUGGGGGACACUUGUUAGCAGAACAUCUGCAGGCAGAUCAGUGAGUUAAGGUUGUGUGAUUGUGUGUGUUUGACUGCUGAAACAUGUUUAUUAUGGUUGCUGUGAUGGAGAUUUUCUUUUUGCAAUCAGACUUGUAGAUUUUAUUGUAGAUCUUGGCUAGUACCACUUUCAUUUCCUGUUUUCUUUUCUGAUCAAAUGAUUUUUUCAACCACACAAAAACUGUUAGAACUGUAUUGAACACCACACAUUUCUCUAGAUCACAGAACCAGGUUACAUGAGUGUAAGCUGUAAACUAAGAUUUCUCUUUAUAUGACCCCUAUAUCUGUAUCAGCUCUAUCUUUUCAUCCUGAUACAAUUCCUUUUAAAAAACAAAUUUAAAAAUAUGAGUGCAGCAGCCAAAGAACCAAACUUGUAUCCAAAAUAGUGGUCUACAGAGUGAUCAGCUAUGUUGUGUCACUCUGUGAUUCAUCAGGGUUCCUGUGGAUCCUUGAAAUUUCUUCAAAGGUCUUGUAUUGGAUUAAUGAAAUUGAAGACUCUCUAAUAUAUAUGCAAACUUUUGUUUUUUCUCAUACUAAUUUUUGUUGUACCAUAUUAUUUUGGCGUCAUUCAUGGAGCGUUUAAACUGGUAAUUUUUGUCCUAAUUUGAAAUAAGUAAAAUGAAUUUCACAACUCUCUAGCCAGUGGUCAGCAACAUGUGCUGGAAAUCAGCCAGACAGAGGGAAGAGAAAUACGUUUAAGUUUUAUAAGUAAAUUUCUUCUUAUCAAGAGAAAUAAGUUUAUCAAGCAGCGAUGAAUUUAAAACUCCUGUGAGGAACUCCAGGUUUGAGACAAUAUUGGCCCCCUGUGGACGGAUCAGACUUUGCUUCAAAUGUGUCCUUUAAAAAAAGACUUCUCAUCAUGGCAACUUUUGACAGUCAAAUAUAUCUUCAUUCAUUGAGUUAUAUGAGUGUGUGUGAAGGGUAAAGACAGUUUACCAGUUUAGUUUGUUUUAAGUUGCUCAGUUGACACCUACUCCCUUACAUCAGUUUUAGACAUUAAAUAUUACAAUAUAAACAUCAUCAAUUUUGUCAAUCAUGGUAUUGUUUGUUUUUGUAUGUCAUAUAAAACCAUUCAUAUGAGUUUUGGUCUUUUGAUGAAUAUAAAAAUCCUUAGAGGAGCUUUAAGUUUAGGGGGAUUCUACAACUGGAUUUCAUGUGCCAAUGCCUGGUUAUUCCUGACGACACUAAUAGCUUGGAUCAUACAGAAUGUACUAAAUAUCUGCUUUGGAUAAUUACAAAGGUUUGUAACGAAAAUCCAAACUGGAAAUCUGCCAGUGGAAUUAUUUAAUCAAACAGCCACGAACAAAUAGAUAUCACUUAACAUGAAAAGCUUACAUCAAAUUUGAUUGGUCAAACAUAAGCAACAAUCUUCAUAGAAUCUCAAACUUGGGUGACACCAUUUUUUAAACUUUUUUUUAUUGAAGAUAAAAAUGUGAUACCUUUUUGUACUGAUCAUAACUGUAGUGUUUUCCUGCCUGUAAGUGAAUGAAGGCAGUUGGCGGGUGGCGGUGUUAUCCACACUGUACCCAGGCCUGCUGUGCCACCCUGCUGCCAAGCUGCUCUGCCAGGCGUGCCGCAGCAGCUUUCGACAUCUGGCGCUGAGCCUCAGGGAGAAGGCAGGGGACGGGGCGCCCCGCCGUGGCUAAAUAUGGCGCAGGGUUACGCCACACGUCCCUAAUCACUUAGCCGCUGUCUGGCAGCUCACACCAGUACUAGUUCCCCAGAUCAGUCAUAUAUCACCGCUGCUAGACAUCUGUACAGCCGGUAGGCAUUUCUUUUUACUGCCCCCCACCUCCUCUUCUUCCUCUCUGCCAUCCGAUGACAGGUGGAGUGUUCGUCAAUUUCUCAUCCCAUUUGUUUUACAGUUGGAACCAUCGCUGUGUCUGUGUUGUGCAACUCUGACAUGGGAGAUAAAGUUGUAUCAUUUGCCAGGUGUUUGCUUCACACGUGUUUGGGAGUGAAGACUGUCUUCUCAACAUGGGCUCCUUAUAAGCCAAAGUGAGCAGAGACGCUUUAAGACAACUGACUUCAAACUGACUGUAAAGUUGUUAAAACCUGUAAGUCAGCACACUAGUCUUUUUAAAAGCAGUAACCAAUUAAAAAAAUGGCAAAGUUUGAUUCGUGAUGCAUCAGCUGCUGAAGCCAAGUAUUGUUGCAACAACAACCAACAGCUGCUAAGUCCCUGCUGAAGCUGAUUCAUAAUUGGGUGGAUGAGUUGGGUUGGAUGUCUAAUAUCACAUGAUUGAAAGUUCAUCUUAAGAAAUUUUUCUUCCCUGCCAAAAAAAACCCACUUACAGUAGAAUUCCACCAGAUCCACGUUUGGUUCGUCUCUCCUCCACUCUGAUUCAGUUCAGCUCUAUUGUCCCUCAUCCAGCAAUCUGGACUAGGACUGAACAACAUUUCCAGAGAGCUGGAGACAUGAGACCAAGAAUUCCCCCCUUUGAAAACAGAAUCACUGGUUUGUUGCAUCAAUAAUGAGCUCUGCAAAGCUGCUGAUCUUGAUAAGCUAACUGUCCAGAGACACCAGGGAUCAUGUUCGGGGAUCAUGGCAGGCAUCAUUUGUGUGUGUCAUGAACUUGUUUGGCACGGACUUCCAGAAUUCGAACCUUAUUUAUGUUUAUGUACUAAAAUACAGGUCAGCAAAGGUACGCUGUACUUUCACAUUGGAGGACAGUAACUAAAAUGAACUUAUCCUUCUUUAACCUUGUUUUGUCCUCCAGAUUCCCCUUUCUCUAGUUUCUCUCUCUUCACUCAUCCUCAAAGAUCUCUGCUCUCUUGGUUUCAAGCAUUGUCCUCUUCCUUCUCUGUCUCCUUUAUCAGUUUACUUCAAAUGUCCUUUCAGUGGUCUGUUAAAGUCAUUUGCUCUUUUUUAUCUGUAGUUAUAUGUCUAUCAUAUCCUUGGUUUUAAUAUUUUUAUUGAAGACGUACUCAAUGAAUCACUCCAAGCUUUGAAUCUACUCAUUGUGACUUUCUGCUCAGAGGCUUCAUGUCAUGGUCAAGCAGAUCAAAAAAUGUCCCUCAAAUGUUCCUGGUUAAGCUGCUGCCAUCUUGACCUCUAUAUGUCUUUGUCCCGAUGAUACUAUCUGGGACUUUUGAUACUUUUUCUUUUUAGCUCCCUGGCUUUGUUCACAUUUUAACCCCUGACCUUUGCUUCCUCUACCAUCUUCUCCACAUGUGUUCUCUGGUACACAUGAACAUUUGCCAAAGAUGUUAGAAGCCCUAUAUGGUUACUGAGUGAUAGUUUGGAUGUCUUAUUUUAGAUGCAUUCCAAACAUGAGAACAAAUUUACCACUACACACAAUAUCUUUAUUCUUAAAGAUAAAAAUCACUAUAUAGACAUCAUGGUAAUUUUCCAAUCAUAGUCUUGCAGGAGCCGAGUGAAGAGGACAGAGUAGUGUGUGAAAUCAUGGAAAACCCAUAAGGAGUGUCUAAAAGAGCCAGGCACGGGGUAUUCGCGGGGUCUUAAAAAGUCUCAAAACAUCUAAAAUCCAAUAAUUUGAAUUUAAGGCCUUAAAAUGUCUAACAUUCUCUUAAAAUUACGGCCCGACGUCGGCGACUUCAUGACAGUCUGGCGCAGCGACUUCAUGACAGUCUUCAUCCACUAACUACCUCACAGCAGAGUAACGGAUCUGCAGCAGGCGGACUGGGGUAUGCACGGAGGAGAGCGGUCUGCUUCAAUGGUAAAUAAACUAGUUUGGCGCAGGCGGAGUGCAGCUGGCUUAUGCCGCGCCUGCGCCACACUGCUGGGGAGGCACAAAAAUAGAACUCUUAGUCUGUGUCUGCUGUAGUAUGUAGCUAAUCAUCAACCAACAAACUGAAAUGACCACAGAAGGUCAGAAAAAUCAGGUUUUUCCUCUUGAUUAGAUGGUAGUACAAUUUAAAGGGAUAAGCUAAAAAGGGUUUGACAUUGUUGGGUUAGAAAUCUGGAGUUCCCCUGGUUAUGACCUUGUAGUCGUUUCGUGCUUUUAUGAAACUUCAGUUUUAGAGAGAGCUGCAGAAAAACAGAAGUAUGACAGGAGGGGGAAAAUGGGACCAAACAGGAGGGAAGAGGUACAGAUGACAUUUAAAAAAGGUGAAAACUGGAGUGAAAAUAAAAAAGAGGGACAUUUGAGCAUAACAAGUGGUAGUAGAAAGUGAGAGUUGGGAAAAAAAUCUGCUCUUCCCUGUGUUUCUGUUGUUGCAGAGCUGUCAUUGUGAGUAGUUUUAACUGAUGGGAUCCCAGACCUGAGGCCCACCAAUCAUUAUCUCUUGUCACAACUGGAAAACAUUUGUAACAUACCAGGGCACAGAGAUGGAGAGACAAGGCAGUGCUCUCAUGUCAGCAUGAUAUACUGGACUGUUCUGGUCCGAGGAAAAACUGUGACCCUGCAAACACAUUUAAGGAGCCAUUUAUCAUCUUUCAUCCCAGAUGCUUUUGGACAAGUAAUGAAAUGCCUCUUGUUUUCAUGUUAAGACAGUAAAAAUACAGCUCUGUCAUUUGCCUGAUACGCUUCAACAGAAGCAAACAGUGCAUUAGUGUUGGGCUGGAAGUAGUCCUUAGUUCUGUUUUGAUCUGGUUACCAUUUAAUUGGUGAAUAGAAACAAAUCAUCUCUUAGUGACCGGGUGGAAAUGCAAAUCAGAAUAUCAACUAGGUGAGUAUGACCCUGACCUGAAGUCUUGUCUCACCCAAACGGGGUUGCUUGUCCUGCAAAGUGAUUUAUUUAUACAUCGAAACAAAACUCUCUCACAUGAAUGGAUUCGAGGGAGAAGUUAUCCCGACACCGAACAUUUCAGUCAAGCCAAGACUUUCAUCUGCUUGUUUGUAAUAAUUAUCAUCAGACUGAGCCCUUCUGUUAACAGUAAUGUUAGACAGGAUGACUCCUGAGGAAGCAUCGAUGUUGACACUUCUGUCGUCAUUUCACUCUCCUACAGUUUCCACUGGAGUAGGUGUCAACAUUAACCCUUUCAGACUGUCACUUUAGGGCCGUCCCUUGGUUGACCAACCAAAUAAAACAACCAACUGUGUUAACAAAUUGCUAACGGGAUGUAUGUCUUAUAAUAGAAACUCUGUUCUCUUUGCACCUUUGCGCCUUCUGUUCGUAUGAAAGGACAGUUUUGUCUAUUUUAUGUCCUUUCUUAGUCCAUCAAGAUUUUGGCAUACAAACUCUUAAGCAUGCUGAGAAUGUUAACAUUUGUUUCAGUCCAAUGAGAGAGUACACAUGAGAGAGAGAAUUGAUCUCCAGCUGUGUUAUCAGGUAUCCAACUGUGAAAGGUUGGAUUUAGUGCAAUUUCAAACUGAUAUUUCAGUAAAAAUCUGAUCCAAAUAUAAUCAAAUCCAAAUUUGAGUUGCAUGUACAGCAUGUUGUGUGUCUAUUGCCUGUAAAAUCCCUCUUGUGAUGAUCUUUUGGUGUCAGUCAUCCCCUCUAUCAAUAUUUGUGUCAUCCAAAACAUUUUAAUCUUUGCCUCACUCUCCGGUCCACAAUCUGUUCUCCCAUCCACCCCUUCCCCACCCCCGCUGCUCCCCUCUCUGCAACCCCCCCAACCUCCCUCCACGCCCCAGCACAGAUCGGGCUCCCAUUCUCCACCAAUUCCCACCCAUGAUAGUGUUGCUAAUCCUGACUGGGAUCGCUCCGGUACACCUGCCAUCGCUCCACAUCUCCACCCUGACAGAAUGGAGACGAUGAGCCUGAAAUCUGCUCUCUGUGGUGGAGGAUUUAGCUGUUUUAGUGUGUGUGUGUGGUAGGCGGGGGUGGAUGGGAGCAUGUGUUAACAAGCCUAUCUGCCCAUCCAAGUGUUAAUCUGUGAGAUGCCAGCUGAUACAGUAGGACAGGGUGGGCCUGGCUCCCUUCAUGCCUACCUGCUCACCAGCCUGUCCUCCCUGCAGAGACGCGCUGCUUUGCCCUUCGAUCUCUCUGCGCCCGGGCACAGGUGGCACUCAGUGUGUGUCGACACCCCAACCUCCUUGUGUUUGUCAGAGCUCAGACUGUGUGUGGCUUUGUGCACCUGAGUGCGUGUGUGUGUGUUAGCCUCAACUUGGUGACAGGGAGGAUAAUCUCCCAUCCCCCUCUGCAGGUGGUUUGUUUGUGUUCUGGGGUUGGACGGUUGUCUGGGUUUGAUGAGAGACCAGGCAGGUAUAUGUUCCCUUAUGACAAACAAGCAACUAUUAGGCUACAGCUACACAAAUGUGAGUGUUAUGAUAGGUGUUGCAUACGAACAAACAGAAAGUUGUGUGACUGCUGUUGCUACGAAACUCCACCAUUAUCAAGCAGCUGAUACUUUGCUUUAAAGCUUCUGUGAGGAGUUUUUAACAGGUUAUGAAACGAGCUUAAGCAAAUACUGACACCUCUUAAUGAGCAGAAAAGCAAACAAAACCAUUCACAGCAAGAUUGAUCAGUUUUAAAUAGCUAUAUUUUGUACCUGAACCUGCUGUAAGACGCAGGUUCUAGCAGAUACAGUGACUUACAGCAUGCUGCCAAAAGAGCUGUUUCUGAAAUUUGUAUGCAAAAUUAACUGUAAGUGACAAGAUUAAUGCUGCUAACAAAAACCACGAUUGACACGAGUAUAUUGCAUGCUGCUGCUUCUUAAAUAUACCUUAUUUCUAGUUAUUCUGAUUCUGUUAACAAGAAUCAGCUCUGUUUGGUGAUAUGGAUAGUUUGACCUAUGUAUUAUUUGUCAGAAUGAGGCUAGCUGGAGGAGGGAUUGCUGAUCAUCAUUGACCCCAUUUGUCUAACUUUUACUAUAGUUCAGUCCUUGUCUGUCACUGUAGUUUUCUUAUUCAAUCAGCAGAGCCCUCUGUUCAGUAUGGAUCCAUCCAUUGCUAAAAUAACAUACUUAAGUCGUGGUACAUGUUAACAUAUGGGGGUGAGUCCAGACCUCUUUGACUGAGGUGGGCCAACCUCCGCAGUGACACUGCUGAGAUGGCAUGGAGUAUGUGAGCCUACAUGCCAGUAAGUAAAUAAUUAUUGCAUCACUAGCAAUAUUACACUAGCAAUAUAAUUAAUUUUAACAAGGGUCUUGUCUCCGAUGAAGCAAGUGUUUUGAAUUUUUUCAACACAAUGUUUAUUUUUGGGGGUCAUGCCCCCUGACAAGGGUCCCAUGUCACAAGCAACUAAAACUAAUUAAAACCUAAACUGAGCAUUUUUUAUUUAACUAAAAUAAAGCCUUAGAAACUAAUUAAAGUUAAACUGAAACUGAGAACAAAAUGCCGAGAUGAAACAAAAAUAUAAACUAGUGGAAUUUCAAAACCAUUAUAACCUGAAGUGAGUUAUGUAUUUGGCUAAUAAAGUAGUUUUGUAGAUGUAACAUUACUGAAAUCAGGCUGUCAAAGGUUAGUUUUUGAGAGUUUAUAGGAAACUAUGGAAGAAUGUUGAAGCUAACACAACUCUAAGUACAAAUAUAUUCAGCGCCAUUCUUGAUACAACAACUGUCAGGUUUUUCGGGACUCAGAUCUACUAGUAUCACUUUCACAAGCUCAGUCCUUAUGCGGGCGCAGGUGUGUAUGUGUGUAUGUGUGUGUGCAGCUCAGCAUCCUGUGGCUUCUCUCCAUACCCACAGUGCUUUGCUCAGUGCAGCCUGUCCUGGCCAUCUGCCACUGUGGGCCCCAGGCAGGAGGGCGGCAGGUGGGGCGUCAGAGCCCCCCGUGGACUGCUGGUGGUGGGGUGGUAGGUAGAAAACAGCAGGACAGAGAAGCUUACAGCUCGCCAAUGAGGACUACACUGACAGACUGUGUUCUCCACUGACUGAUCAAGUUACGCAGGACAAACUUUGCACGUAAUAUUUAUCUUCCAAAUGUAACAUAUUCUAGCAAAUUUAGCAGAAACCACCAAGUUCAGUAACAUUUUAUUACAACCUGAUGGUAGUUAAGUUAGUUCUCAGAAAUGACACUCUCUUAGAAAGUUGUAACACAUUUUUGAUCAGUUUAUGUAGGAUUAGUAUCACAAUUAAACAUAUUUUUGCUGAUCUGAGUAGUAUAUUCUGAUUUAAAAAAAAAAAAAAAAAACUUAUACUGCUGUUUUGUCCAUAAAAUAUAUCACUUGAUGGGAUUCACUUAGCCUGUGGCAGCUUUUGCAUGCAUUAAUAAUAAUAUCAUGGAAAUGUCUAAUCCUGUCACCGGUGGUUGGGUUUGCUUUAUCAGGUCAUGCAGAAGCACCAGGAUUCAUUUGAGUCUAUUUGAACUUGCAGCUUUAAAUGCACAACAGCUUUAAAACUUAGUUUGCAAGUAGUAACAGGCGGUUUAACAUUACUUACCUUGUACAAUCUGUCAUAUGAAUGAUCAGUGAUGCACAUGCCAAGUUUGAAGGGGAUACCUUUGACCCGCAUCUUUACAAAGAGAAAGCUUAAGAUGUAUAGAUUCUUAGUUUGAAGGCUAAAUGGAAAAAUGACCAAAAAACAAGUAAGAAAUUCAUAAAGAGGAGCAUCACAGAGAAGAAGAUUAUUCAUUCAGAUCAUUUUCUGUUACCUGGAAGAUUUUACUGCAUGUCUCUGCUCCCAGGGGCCAUGCAUGUCCCUUUACCGCUGUAAGAUAAGUGUCAACCAAACUGUACUUAAUAUUGAUGGCUUGCCCUAAAGACAUUAGUCUAGCCGUGUUCACUUCAGGAGCGACCCAUAUUAAUACUGCAGGCUCCAGUUAAUUUUCCAUCCGGUACAGUAGAGCGGCUGAACCGUGACCCGCCUUCGCACGACCAGCUCUGUAAAUGUCAUCCAUAUGGCCUGCUCAUUCAUUUCCCACAAAACAAAUUCCCACAAAAGACUGACUGUAAGUGUAUUUAAAAGGCAAAAGCAACCAGAAAGAACCCUCUUAUCCAGCUCUCAUUUUUUCCCACGAGCUAGAGGUGCUCUUUUAAUUUCCCUCUCUGAAAGGUCAGUCCCAAUGUUCUCCAUCUCCACCUUAAUUGAUUCUUUAAAUGCAGCUCGUCGUGUGCAGGGGGAGUCUGGGAGGAAAACUAGAGAGGUGUUUGCCUACCUUUAGUCACGGUUAAAGGCCCUAAAAUGGUUACCCAUCUCUUCCUAAUUGUAUUGGCUCUCAGUGAAUGUAUGUUCCUGAAGCUUGAAGCCUGGAUAUGUUCUCCUCUGGCAUAUAAAAACCUGGACACAACAAGUUGCAAAUAGAAAGAAAAUUGCCUUUUUACUCAGAGAGGCCAGGUGAGCUUGUUUUCUGAUAACUACAUUGAAAUUGGGCUGAGCUCUGGUAAUACUAAAUGUCAACAUUUAUUAGAAUAAGUCCCUGAUAUUUUCCAUUUGGAGUUAUUGUAAUUUGCCAAACAACCGAAACACUCUGAUUCUGCAGGCAUAUACAGCAGCUACACCUGGAGGAUUUUGUUUGAGUGAAUAAAACCUUUUUUAUAUAGUGACUUUAAUAGACGUAAGAUUUACUGGCAAGUUUAGGUGGACUGUUUUUUUGGCACAGGAGCAAGGAUGCCAAACUGAACAUUUCCAGUAAAGGUGACGCUAAUCAAGCUGAGUGGGUUUUCUUCAAGAUUAUCCCUGUGCUCAUUCAGCUUGUUCUCAGAGCUGGCAACAUAAAAACACUUUACAAAGAUACUAUAUAAGGCAAAUGUGGCAGCUUUUAACACAGUUGCUGUUAGGAGAAGCAGGAGUAUGUGUUAGUAAAGCAGAGGGACAGAGUGAGCAGAAGGUAAAAACAUUAAUCUAGUUAGUUUAAAAAGUGAGUAAGUUUUGGAAGAAAAAUGAAUCAUGUGCGGGACCAGAUUCUGGUAUCAUAAGUGCUCUGGAGUACUGUGUUAAGUCUAAGUCAUAUUGACUGUACACAGGAAAACUAUAGUUACUACUGCAUCCUUUCCCUGGUAUCCACAUAUGUGACAGAGAUGAAGACACCUGAAAUGUUCAAGAAUUACGCUCGCUUGCAAAGCAGACUCAGUGUGACGUGAAGCAAACCAGAAACUGAGUGAAUCUGGACCUAAUCCACAUCAUCCAGAGGUCCCCGGUCUAUUUGUCAAGUUGUACCAGUUGACCAGUUCUGUCUAUUCCUGAUCCGCUGCAAAUUAAGUUUAUCUAGAGCGAGUUUUUGAAAUGUUCAGCAGCAGCCUCCUCCACCUGUUCCUGCGUUCCCAAAUGUUUAUGAAUGAUAAUGGCCAUUAAUUUGGGUUUUACUGCAUCGCUGUGUGUGAGAGGAGCAUCUGGAGCAUUUAGACCCACCAAUAAAAUGCAUGUGUAGACAAUGAGGCUCUCAAAUUUGACCAUAAAGCUUCAUCUUCUUGAGCUUGCUCGGCCAUGCAGUGCAGCUGCACACACAGGUCAUGAAACAACCAUCUUCUGUUGAGGGCUACAGGCCUUUUCCUCUAUUCUCUUUGAAUUAAUUAUGUUUGAUAGUCUUAUGAGGAUAUUGUUGUAGUGUUUUUGUCCUUUAUUCAAGAGAAGAAAUAGUAAUAUGUUUGUCUAGUCAGAAUUCCCAGAUAUGCAAAAUUGCCUUUUGUUGAAACAUAAAUCCCCUGUGCCCUGUCAGUUAUUGGUAGUUAAGUUGACAUUAAGAACAAGUUUCUUCGUUAAAAGGGUUGGCAGAUGAGACCCAUGGUCAAGUAUGUGGUGGAUGCUUGAGUAAACUGUUUUAUUCUGAAAAAAUAAACAUAUUUCUUUCUAUACUUUGACUGUUAGCUUCAUCUCUGCUGGGGGCAGAUGAUGUGAUAUUUCAGUCAGGGACACCCAGCAGACAUCGGUUCAGUUUCAGCCCAAUGUGGGCAAGGAUGGCAGUCAGAACCUCUGAGUCUGAGGCCAUAGUUCCCUGAUGAAAAUGUUGGAUUCCUUCCCCCAAAUGAGGAGUUAGUGAAAGAAUUCAAGUAUGGUGCUGCGUUGGGCAUAGUACUGGAUCAUUGUGGUGAAAAUGAAACUGAGUGUAACGGUAAACUUUAGAUUUUCUAGUCAAUCAAGGUCCCAACUUUUACCUUUGGUCAUGUGCUGUGGGUAAUGACCGAAAGAGCAAGAUCUGCUAAGUACGCCACCAAAAUAGGUGUUUGAGCUCCAAUAGGGUCAGGAGCUUGCACCCCUGACGAGAACUCAAAGAGUUGAAACACCACUCAUUCCCAUCAGAAAGAGCCAGCUGAGGUGGUUCAGGCAUCUGAUCAGGAUACCCUCUUGACCUCUCUCCUAUAGAGGUGUUACCUUCUCACCUUAGAAUCCCCCAAAGAGGAGCCCAAAGAAGUUGUUUGAGAGAGGGACUUGUGGGGCAAUUAGCUUCACCUGCUGUCAACAGGAGCCAAUGCCAAGAAAAAAAAUUGGAUGGUCAUUUUAGUUUCACAUUUAUCCAGUAGGUCAAUUCAAAAUCUGUGGCGAGUGAUCUAAAAUUGUGUAGAAUAACAUAACAACAUGUAAGCUUCCCACCUUGGGCAUAACAUCAGAAAAAAUUGGCUGCAGUGUCCACACGGUCAAUACAAAUUAAAAUAACUUGGCUAAAAGUCCCAACAUCACAUCCGCCUUGUCAACAGUCUGUCACUCUUUGCUCUGGAAAACUUAAAGAGUCAGCAUGCUGUUGAGAAAUUGGUGUGAUUCACCACAGUAGUAGAUCUUGGGUUUCCUCAUCCAUUGUCUACUCAUAGGUUUCCACUGGCUAGUCAGUGAGUGAGGCACCGAUUGACCAUGUCCCGCCAUGAGUGAUGAUUGGUGCCAGCCUGCAGAUUAAUGACGUUCAUCAGCUCCUCUCCACACAGCCACUCUGCAAACCUUUCCUUUACCACGUCCUCCAUCUCCGCUUAUCAGAUCAACAUUUGUAAUAGUGUUGUUCAAACUGUUGUCGUCUCUUCCAGCAGCAACCCUGGGUCAACUUUCCUCACAGGCACAAACACUCACACACCCUGACUGUAAUUACGGCUCUUUUAACACUGCAGGGGUCCCUUUAACUGUAAAGAAUGGUUUGGGCAGUUUUUUUUGUUCUUAUUCAAACCAUUGAAAGGAUUGUUAGUCUUGGAAAUAUUCAGGCUUUUUAUGUUUAGAAAGCUAGAACAGAUAAUUACCAUACAGCUCUAAUCAAACAAGUAAGCUAUUCCUGAUUGUACGAUGAUGUCCCUUGUCUCCAUGUGUAACAUGAAAAAGUCAGCCUUAGCAGUCAGAGAUAAAGUCGUUUACCAAAACCAAUCAAUGGUUUCAACAGUAGCUGUCAAUUUAUCGUUAAAAGAUAAAAACCAACCCCUUUUUCUUUUUGGUCCUCUUGUGUUAAUUUAAAACCAAAAUGGUGAACUUAGAAAGUGGCAUGGUUGAGGGGGGGAGUGGACUCCUGUUGUUACAUCAUCACAGGAGCAAAAUCAAAUGGCCUCAUUGAAGUUAUGUUUUCCUUGCAGGUUGGCCACAGAAACAAUGCAAACAACUUACACAUUCUCAGAGUUUCUAAGCUGAAGGAAUAGAUGUUAUUCUAAAUACAGUUGAUAAAUAAAUGCUUAGUAGUGGUGGAAAAUAAUGAAAAUAUAACAUAGAUUCAACCUAUAAAUUGUACUGAGGAUGACACGCCACGCCAUUCCAUGAAUUUUAUCAAACCUUUCACAAUGUGAUCUAUACACUUGAACCUCGGAAAACCAAGCCUUUAUAGAAACCAUUAAAUCUCAGAAAAAGGAUUCAAUUAUACAUUAAAUAUUACACUAGCAUCCUAUUUUUCCAAGUAAAACAUGAACAGGUUGAACUCUGAAAUCUUCAACACCACCCCAACAUCCAGUUGAGAUACUGUGACUGUUAUCUCCACACAGUAAUUCAGAAAACCCCCAAUCUGACUUCACGGGGGGAGCAUUUCCAACAAAUAUGAUCUAUGGCAUACAAAUGAGCCCUGUAAUUUAUUCAUAAAUCAUCAUGGCUGCCUUUGCUGGCAGGGCCUUUUUUAAUUGUCUUUGAUUAACAGUGGCGUGUGCUGGAGAUAGCCGCUCGGCUGCAUUCAGGUCCCCUUUUGUUCUCCGGUGGUAUCGCAGGCUUUCCAGGGAAAUCAUGUGUCAGAGUGGAAGGAAAUCAGGGGCUCAGCCUGGUAUCCAUGCACUUGUGAAUGUGUAUGUGUGUGUGUGUUCAUUGAUUCACACAAUAAUGCACAUGCUCAUAUUUGGCACCCUUCAACAUGAGAGCAUGUGCAGUCUAUAGAAGCCCUGCAUGUUGAUGGACAUUCACACACAACCUGUUCAUUUGCAUGUAUGAACACAGCAGUGGAGUGCAGAUGUAAUCUAAAGCAUACAUGCAUAUGGUGAAUGUUGCACAUGUUCAGGUGAACACAUCUGACAGCAUUUCCUCUAAAGGGAAUAAAUUAUUAGAGCCUUAUAUAAAUAUCCAACAAAAACAAAUUUAAAAGAAUCGAGGCGACAUUGGUCCACUUUCAGGUGUUUUGGAUCAGACAAACCAAACUGGACAACAUCACAGAGUUGUAAUGACUGCUUGUUUAUAGCAGUAUUGUCCUAGUCAAACACUGACAAAGAACAAAAAAUACAUCUCCAUUCGCUCUCUUAUUCACCCUUAAUAAUGGAACAACAUUUAUUCAUGCAGUCUCAGGGUUUCUGUGUUUGCAGAACCAUUCAUGCAAGUGUUUCUUAAGAGGAUACCCAGCAUGAGAAGCAGGUGAUGCAGGGAGCUGUCCAGCAUGUUGUUCUUUACAUGAGAUGAGUGAAUCAGUGCUAAGAGGAAGGUGAGCCCUGAUGAGCACAAGAGAUUACGAAGGAAUUGCCCAGGGUAUACAGAGGCUGAGUGAGCUAUUGACAUAUAGAUAUUGACUAGUACAUUGCAUCGCAUUUUAUGCCACUCUCUGCCUUUGGUCCAUAUCUGUUAGAAGACGUACAAGAAAUACACCAGACUCUUAAUGAACAGAAAUUUGAUCAGUAGUUUAUACUUUUUGGUCUUGGAGGACUUCAUCAAAACAAUUCAAGGCCAAAGUCUUCUUGACAUCUAUCCAACAUAGGGGCAAGAUGAGUUCAAGAAUGCACAAAAUAAAAGUCCAAGUUUGUGUUUGUGUUUGUGGUUUGUAAAAUUCAUAUAACAUAAAUUCAUAACACUUGAUGACUACAAUUACUUCUCCAUCAAAACUAACCUUACAUGUUCUUCUGAACAGGACAGAAAAAAUUGAGUCCCCCUCAGUACACCAGAUUCGUGCAUAACAAAGAGCUCCAUAAAUCUACAUUUGUUUCCUCAAGUACACCCAUGUCUCUGAGGCAGUUUCUUUUUGUCGUAUUCAACAUGCAGUAUACAUUGUCUUAGGCACUCCAUCACAUCACAGCCAAUAAAGAAGUGUGCUGAAAUUGAGUAUUGAGAUACAAUGGCCAAUAUUGAUCAAGUGUUUGCAGUGUGGUGAUUUUCUUUAUGAAUAGGAAUGUCGUCCUGAUUGCAGCUUCUGUCUUACAGCUCUGAAAAAGUGUAUUUUCUAUCGCUCCCCAAAGGGAGUCAAAGCAGAUAUUACAGUGAUUUUAUAAAACACUUUUACGUUUACUAUGUGAGUUACAAAGGCACGUCUUUAGUCUGUCCUUUUCUUUAUUUAACGGCUUCACCCUCUGUGUGAGAAAGUAUACUCAGACAGGGUAGUCAAAUUUUAUGUAUUCAUAUUACUUAAAAACAAUAUUAUAGGCUCACUGCCAGGUUUUACUACUUCCUAAGGAUCCUCAUUAGGUUUAAUAGGAGCACAUUAAGACAGCAGAUAAAAUGACAGUGUCACUGACUCCCUUUGAGUAGUAUCUAUGUCAUAUAUUAAACCUGUAAAGCUGUAUUUCAUCACAACCAAAAUGUGUCAGUUGAUUGGUCAUAGACCCCCUGAAUCACUCUGGAUUACUGAGGCUGCUUAUAUUUCUGUUUUCUGGUAGCUGAUGGUUGUUUGACCUUAAGCCUACAGCAGUGAAUAAACUGCUUAAACAUCGAAGAAAGGCAUGAUUCUUGUGUAGCUACUAGAAACAUGAAAAUAAUUGCUUUUGGAGUCUCAUCGCAUGGCCAGGAAGCACCGUGCCCCAAGACCAAUUUUGUCAGUUUUCACCAUUGUUAUGCCAAUCUUGGGCUAGGGUUAGGGUUAGGGUUAACCAUGGUUACAUGGGCAAAAUUUCUUGGUCCGAUUAAAAAAUUUGAGGGAUCGGAUAAUCUGAAUCCACUGUUAUAUGGGUGCAAAAUCAAAUAUUCCGAUCAUGACGUGCGUAUACAUGCACCAAGCUUUAUUCAGAUUAGAAGCAUUUGGACAUGCGCAGAGUUGUCUAAUUUCGCUAAAACAACCGCCAAAGAAGAGCUGUAUUUACGCCUGUGCUGUCAACAAACCUGCAAAUGCAGUAGUGGCUCACUCCAUCAAAUUCAUGAUUUUUGACGUGAUUAAAUGUUGUCACUAGAUGGCGCCCUACUUAUUUUACUGUUUUCUCAAAGGUUGCAAUGUGCAUACAUAUGUGACAUCAUUGCACUAUAUGUAUGCCUUAUUCUGUUAUCGGGGGAGCAAACACGGCACCUGCAGUUGUGUGUUAUGCCAGAGUUAAUAAUAAACCCUCCUGUACUGGCCUCAAUUAAUAAGCCAAAGUCUGAAGAGUGAAGACCGAGUCAGGUUGGAGGGUUACGAUCAGAAUAAGGGUUUACAUGGACGCGCUUCAGAAUAACGAUCGGCAUAAACCAUCCCUCUUAAUCGGAAUACAAUUUCUUUCCUAUUGAGUCGAAUUGGAUCAGAAUCUUUCGAUCGACAUGUUUACAUGACACAUUUUUAUUCUGAUCGGGCAUUUAUUCUGAUUAUUUGUGCCCAUGUUAAUGCAGCUAGUGUGUGAUGUACAGCUCUAAAACCAAAAUAGCAUUUGUGGAAACUCUCAUUUCAGCACUAUUAAGCUGCUGCCCAAAACGCUUUGUUUCGCUGCUUUUCCAGUCAUACGUACAUAAGUGCGACACAAUUGUGGGUGUUACGUUUUACACAGUUUUUAGUCAGGAAAUCACCUGAAAGCUAUGCCUUCACAGAAAACGUCUUUCAACUUUUCAAGACAUACUGAAUCAAUCAAGUGCAGAUCGCAGGAAAAGCCAAGUGCAGGAAUUGACUUUCCAGGCAAGGAAACGUUUUAUUGAGCUUGGAAGAAAUGUAUUUCUUGGAAAAAAUACAUCAGAGCUACCUGGAGGACUUGUCCUUCAACAUUGUCCUGAUAGGAUGGCAGAGGCUGACAUCAGGUUCAGGAUAAGUCUGGCAAAGUUGUUGAAUGAGCCAUUCAAGAAACCAGUGAAAUGCUGUGUACUGCUGCUGAAUGAAGCAACCCAACAAAGUCUUUCCAAAUUAUCUUAUUUUCUUACAAAAAUAUAGAGCCCAGGCUCAAAAUCUAAAAAUUUUGCGCUGAAUUCGUGUGAAGACUGUACCUUACAUCUAUCUGUACACACAAAAAAAAAACGGCCUCUUUGAUUAGGAUUAGGCACUUUCAGCUCAUUCAAAGGAGGCAUGAAUGUUUUUCAAACAUUUUGUGUCAAUAUCUAAGCUGAGCAAUAAAACCUUUAACACUCUUUCAUGUAUGCAGUUCAUCUAUCCCUGACAUAACCACUUGAACCUUUUAGAAAAGGCCAUUCACCAUUUUUUCCCCUUUUUAGUCUGCCAUGAAAGGACAAAGAAGACACUUUCAAGAAAAGUCGCCACCACCUGAAUAUGUCUGCAACUCUCACCUGUACAAGGUUAUGUUGCUGAGGGGGGUUGGGGGUUAUUCAGAGCAGCUUGGCUCUGGCUACAAAUGAGGAAGGAGCAUUAGUAAAGGUGUGAAAGGUUGCUAUCUUACAGUGAGCAUGAUUGAUGUGGGCACAGCAGUGUGCUGCAGCGCUCAUGCCGAGCACUCGCCGACUGUCGCCACAGCGACAGGCAAGAAGAGGAAGUGAGUUGACCCGGGGGUCAUCGUGACAAAAUGCUUAACAACAGUGGCAAAGCACUCUGAGUAUGGGUCAGGGUCGUAUGCGUGAACAUAGCAGAGACUUGCUGUUGCUGUGUAUAGUUUGGAUUCAGGGGCUGAAUGCAUAAAAGUCAGAGCUUCGUGUCUGAGAAUCUUUGCAGAGUUUGAAAGCGUGCGUCUUUCAUUUCGUAUUCUUGGGAGGACUGUUGUCAUUGUUAUUCUUUGUUGUUUGGCAGAUUCAGUAUCUCAUUGUCUAAAUCUUAUCUGAGAUGGUUUAUCCCAAGAAUGGCACUGUUAUCACUCUUUAUCUUGAAGCCUCUGGAAUCCCCAAAUACUCAACACCCGCCCUACUAUGUGAUAUAGGGUUUUAUGUACAAGAUUGGAAGAAUCUUUAAAGUAUUGGAAAAAGUUUCUACCCAAAUUCAAAACAUAGUUAUUUAAGUUUCUGUAAACUUUCCUGGAAUUGGGUUUAAAUUGGGCGUAGUUAACCUUUGGCAACUAUGUAUCUAUGACACAAUUAAACUUGAGAACCCAGUCGAACAGAAGUUGAUUGCAGCCCCGCUCUCCAAGACUCGUUCAGUUGCAGCUAAAUCUUUCUGAGCGAAAUGAGAGUCAUUGUUUUAUUUUAAAUGAUGUCAGCCAAUAUGAGGAGAGGCAUCAUGGGUUGGGUCUGAAAACCUACAUGUGUUUCAAAACAAAGGCACUCCUACAAUAUAAUAGGUGAGGACUUUUAUUGUGAAAAUUUGAAGUAAAUGAAAUAAUUUCUGAGCUACAUUUAAUUGUGUUUCCAACAGGGCCUUCAGGGUUACAGGUAGGGUUGCAACAAACAACUAUUUUAAUAGUGGACUAGUCACUGACUAUUGAAACGAUUAGUCGACUAAUCAGAUAGUACAUUCAAGCCAAUAUGUUUUGUUUGUGAUGUCUCAGUCUGCUUGUAAUGAAGCUAAUAUCUGGGGUGAGUCUAACUGUUCAUCCAACAUUCCGACGUGCCUUCUUCUUCAAAUGCUCGUGCAUCACCGAAGUGCUGUCAUGAUACGCAAGGUCUGCUUAGCAAACCUUACAAGUUAUUUUUUUUCUGCCUUAUCUAUGCUACAGUGCUCCCAACUGCUACCCUACUGCUCGGUGGAGACGUUAUUACAUACUGUAUGUGUGACUCUAUGCAGAGAUCACAAUGAAGUAAGAUGCCUCGCUCCACUGGAAAAAACAUGUCUGGUGACGAUAGUAGACAAUGGAAUUCAAUGUCGAAAUUUUUCAUUAUCGAUUUUUGUCAACAACGUCGACUAAUCGAUGCAGCCCUAGUUACAGUAUUUACUCUCAAUCUAAGAGUUCAUCAUUUUGGCAUCCAGGGGUAAGUCCUGAGUUAGAAAUGCACCAGUUAUGCAGAUGCAACCCUUACAAUUGAGAAAGUAGUCCCUGCUGUGUUUGGUCCUAGUCAAGUAGUUCCAGCACAUUGUUGGUGUUAAAGCCCUGGACAGAUUUUUAUGAUUGAAGUAAAAAAAGAAAAAAAAAACAUCCAUGUACAGUCUUCUGGGCUUAAAUCUAUAAAUCUAAAGCUUAUUUCUUAGUAUCGAUACAAUCAAUUUAUUACGUUUUAAAGCGAUGUUAAAUCGAUAUUUGUCGUCCGGAAGGCGAACUUGCCGAGCACAGAUCGAUGUAGUUGGAUCAUAGGAAUAUAAAUCGUUACAUCGAUACUGAAGAUGAAUCAUUGCGCACCUACAUUAAACCUUUGAUGUGAAGGGCGCAUUUUAAACAUUUCUAACAAUCACCCAAGAUUGUGCCAAAAAUUGUUCUUAUGUUAAAUAUUCUUGGGCCUUUAAUAUAAAAUACAACACAAGAAGACUCUUCAAGCUUCAAUACAUCACCAAUAGCAUCAGCCUGCAGAGCCCCACGUUACCAGAGCCCUUGCAGCUGCGGCACAUGUGUAAUCUGUUUGUGUAUGUGCAUUCAUGCCUCUUGUAUACAUUUCUGUGUGUCCUUCAGACCAGACUCAGCAUGCUGAGCAAUAGGUAGCAGUUAGCUGGAUUUUAUAUUCCAAAGCAAAGCCAGAGGAGGCAGACCCUGACCUCAGCCUCAGUCACCCAGAACCGCGGCUGCAGGCCUCAUCUCCAUAGGAAUCAAUAGACUACAGUAAUAAUGGUGAUCUAUGGGGCCAACAUCAAAGAAGGCGCUGACCUUUCCUGGACGGGGGGUUGGGGGAUGACCACCAGGCUCCACGAGCUGCUGUGUGUGCGCAGAAUAAAUAUUUUGUCAGGGACAAAGCUCGGAGAUGUGCAAGAUACACACAUGUAUGUACACACAGUCAGUGGCCUGCAUGAAUAUGACGCCUGGAUGUAUAGAUGACGUUGCAUCCAGGCUUAUGUACAUUUACACAUGAACCAGGGUCAUUGAGGCUUCUCCCAAUCCAUAAAUGCCCCUCUUUAGAAGUUAAUUUUCAUGGUUUUCAAUAACAAUUAUGUUUAUUAAAUGUUGUUGGCUUUAUAACAUACAACAGCUACAUUUUGACUCAUGGCACCUAUAGUUAGGAUCAUAAACAAAAUAGUGGUACAGUGGCAGUCUUUUGAUGGAGACUGAUGCAUGUGACAUGUUGAUAAAACGUCACAGGUUUAGAUGUACCCCUUCUCCUCUAUAUUUCAGUCCUAUCCAAUGAUAUUAGACUAAAAGGACUAAUUGCUUAGUGAUCGUGAUAUUGGUUUCACGUCCGUCUUUUCUCGGUUAUUAAACACUGGGUGCUGCUCUUAUGUAUCCUGGUGUAUCGCUUCCCAGGUUUUCCUCCUCUCUCCUCGAUCCUCUCUCCAUGGAGCAGCAGUAAGAGACCCAGACUGAGUCAACUUUUCUAAUUCAGCUGCUUUUUCAAAACAGAGCCCAGGGCAGGCUGAAAUAAAUGCUACAGGUACACUCUCUCUUACUGAAACGAUAAACUGCCAUAUGUCACAUUAGGAUUAAAAAAUGUGUUGGUAAUUUGGUACAGCUUAAUCAUUUCUCUUUGGUGCUUGGUGUUGAAGAAAAAGUCAUUUGCAUGGUUGAAUUCCUCUCUAGGACCAAAUUGUGUUAAAAGGCUUCUAAAUUUGUUGAUUAAGUGGAUUAAUUAGUGAACAAAAACCCUUUGGAAACAUUACUUUUUUGUAACGCACACACACACCUUGUCAGUUGACUCGGUACAGUUAUUUUUCACCUCUCUCCUCCAGGCCUCCAUCAACACCCAAACCCCUAGGCACCUCGUCGGCCCUCCCCCAGCUCAGGGCCUCUCUCUGGGGUCAUUAUGGGCUCUGACAUGCCCUGCUGGCUCCAUGAAUGUUAAUGCCCAGCGGAGGGAGCAAGGGGUUUUCACAUUCACACAUACAUGUAUACACACACACACAUACACACACUCAUGCAAUUACAUACAAAUGCUUUUGUGAUUUCAUAAAAUUCGUUCACAAGUAGAGGAAAUGAUGCAUACACAUAUACAGACGUAAACAUUCAGUUUCAAAGGGUCACCUCAGGCACAGACACUCACACACACAAAAACACACAGACACACACACACACACAAAGAAAAACACACAGACACACGCACAGAGUAUUUUUUUUAUCUGAUCACAGAUCAUACAGAUGGCAGAUAGCCAGUCCGUGUCAUACAGGCUGCCUCAGGCUCAGCAAAGAUCCAUGUUAGUGUAGAGAUGGAGAGAUGGAGAAAGGAGGCAUGGAAGGAUGGAGAUGGGGAGAAGGAAUUCUGCCACCUCCUUUCCUGUCCUCCUCAAGACUCUCUAUCCUUCCUCAUCCACAUCUCUCCUCAUCAUUCCUGGAUGUCUCCUUUUUUUCCCUUUUCUUUCUGCUUUACUGGUUCCUUCUCCAUUCCUCAGCUGAUCCCAAAUUUCACCAUCUCAUCUUUCACAGUUUUUUUCUCUGUGACUUUUUUGUUGUCACACAGUUGUCAAAAUCUCAAUUUUAGUAAGGCAAAUAUGGCACCAGUUUUAGGCAUUAAAAAUCACUGUAUAGCAAUCAGGGCUGCCAUAGUAUCCCUGUUGUUAAGUACAAAGCGAUCCUUGUUCAUCUUGGCGUACACUUAUUGUGGUCAUGUCCUGUUAUGGUUUAGGGAUUGAAUAGGACUGCUGUCAUUUAAAGACCCGAGUGUGCCAAUACAUCACGAACUGGAUCAAUUUAUCAAUAUGAGCUCACUCUUCUGAAUAUCUGUUUAACUUAACGAUAGACUUUUCUCACCAAAUACCUGUUUGUUUUCAUUCAUGCUGUUUUUUCUAUCUUCUGUAUUUCCACAGUCAUCGGUUUCCUUCUCUUUCUCCUCUUUUAUUCCUGCCUCCCCAUUGGUUCUCAUCCUCUUCUCACUCCCCUUCUUCCAUUUUUCUAUUUUUUGAUUUAAAAACUCCUCCUCUCCCUUAUCUUUCCUUCCCUACUCCUUCUCCUCCCACAUUUGUGAAUAUCCCAUCCACAAGCUCCCUCCCUCCUUCUCGUCCUCCUCCUCUUCCUCCUCUUCUUAUUCCUCCUCCUUCUCUCCUCCUUGUUGAGUAUUCUGGAGUAGAGGCGAUCAGCUCCACUGGAAUAAGAAUUCCUGCAUUAUUUGAUCAUCAGAGUUUAUUGUAAUCCCUGACCCUGGCCCUGCAUUUUAAACACAGAUUGUGGAUUAGGGUGCUUAGAUGGCCCUCUGUGUGUGUGUGUGUGUGUGUGUGUGUGUGUGUGUGUUAUCUACAAUAACUUGAUAUUUUAUGAAGUAAUCAGUACAUUUACAUGCACUGCAAAAGACAAUUGGUGCAACUGAACAACUGACAGUGAACUUUUCAAAUGCAUGUGAACACCUUAGACUGACUGAAAUCAAAGUUCUCACAGUCAGACGAAUAUACCUGGAUAAUGUGGAUGGAGAUUGAUUUGUGCUGGGCAUGUCCUAGUGUUAUCAUGCCAGACUCUGAGCCAGUGGUUGAGUAGCGUGGAUGUGUAGCUAGUAGGCCAGAUGGUAAACAAAAUCAUGACCAAUGAAGAAAGGACAUAGAACAGGCAAAACUAACUGAAAGUGCUUGUCUUAUCCUGUACAGAUGUCACAUUCUUCAAUUUGUGUUGGAUAUAAUAUAUAAAUGAAUGUGUCCCCACGGCCCAUUUUUGGAUUUACAUUUUGGAAAUGAACAUUUUUGUGAGUUAUUGCAUUUUGAGCCUGUAACGACCCUGUCUGCUACCUUCUUUGUUACUUUCCUUUUGCUGCUUGUUUAGUGUAAAAACAUCUGAUCAUAAAAAUAAGGUAUAUAUAUAUUAAAAAAAAAAAAAAAAAACAGGCAAAACUUUCCCAACAAUCAGCACAGAGAUGUAAAAGUGACAUCCCUCUCGCUAACUUAGUUUUGCCAGAUUUGUUACUUAACACAUCUACCGGAAGAUAUGUAACAAGCCAGAAGGGACAUAUCGUCACCUUUUGUAGCAGAGGCAUGUAGACAUACUGAAUGAUCACUCCUGUCUGCUUUUAGUGGGAGUGUGUUUGUCUGUGUGAUCAGAUUAAAAACACAGCUUGUCUUUUAGCUGAGGUUACAGGUUAGAGAAAGUUCUGCCAAAAAUGUUUCUACAUACACACACAUACACUUCCUAUUCUACUACAUUGACCAUACUGGUGUGUGUGAAAGCGUGAGUGUUUGUGUGUGUGAAUAAAAGAUGGCUGCCCCCUGGUUGACCCUGGUGUUGAUGACGGUGAUGGACUCUACUAGUAAUGGCAGACACACAUUAACACACACACACACACACACACACACACACACACGCAUGUGCAAAACCCUAGUGCCUUCAAGAGUGCUUUUUCUGUGACCUCAGAUCAGACAUUUUAUUCUUUAUUAAGUCUGUCUUUUCGUUAAUAAUCCUCAAAAAUAUUUAUACUUUAACCAACAAAUUCAUCACUUUUUCUAAACAGGUGUCCUCAGAUACACUAAUAGGUUAAGACUUAUUUUCUUUUAAAUAUUAAUUUCUAUGAUAUGACUUUAUCCGCCAAGCUACAGUCACAUUCUUCACAGUUACGCAGCCAUACUUGUCAAAAAUAGAUGUGUAAACAAAAGAUAUGAUUGGCCAGGAAAGACUUUGAGUUUAUGGUCAUUACAUACUGAGAAAAAAAAUCAAUCAAGUGUAAUGCAUGUAUCUAAGAAUCCUAAAUUAACCUGAUUUAUGUCCAGAACCUAGUGAAGAAAAGACACAGUGCAAAGUCAUAUCUAGAGACUGUGAUAAUGUGAAGCAGACAACUGUUUGACGGAGUGGAAAAAUAAGUGUUCAGUUUAUGUUUGAUCUGUGUUAAUGUCUGCAUUAUCAGUCAGACUGUUUUUCCAACCUUUUCAUUCAGAGCAGAUCAAACUCACAGAUGACCCCAUGAAUAGUAGUUUGUGACCAUUAAGUAGUCAGUCUAGUACUCUUUGACUUUUGUUCCUUGUAACUUCACUUCUGACACGGCUGCAAUCAAUGACUGGACUUCCUGAAGAUCCCAGAGAGACUUGAGUAUUGAUCGGAUCUGACACUGACCGUUAUAACAAAAUAUACUCAGUCCCAAUUUUCUUGGCCCAAUAGCUAUUGGCAGCUAUUAGAAUUCAUGCUCACAUUACAUCUACGACAAUAUCAAACCAAUGGCUUUGCCAGCUAGUGAGCCAAAACCACAGAAUGAUAAAAUAAUUGGCUCAGUUUAUGUUUCAGGGAUCUGUGUUAAAUGUCUAAGCAUAAAUAUCAGUCAGACUGUUUUUCCAACCUUUUCAUUCAGAGCAGAUCAAACUUCAUGUCCAAAUUUGGCUAUGAUGGACACUGAUGUGACAGGGUCAUAAAGUAUGUUGUAUUUUGUCUUUUCAUGUGACUUAUCGACACUAAGGAGUGGGUAAAAGGAAAAAAGAAAAAACGAGCCUUUUUCAUAAAUUAAGAAGAUUAAACUCUAAAAAUGAGACAAAUUGAGGGUGAAAGAACGAGUGAAAAUACAUCCACACUGUCUGACUCCUCCAGCCACCAUAAAACACACUAAACGAGCUCGCAGGGAGGAAAUCUUGCUCCAUUCACACACACUCACACACAUGCACACACACUAUAUUGACACGUCUGACAACCAAUAGCAGGACAUUUUUAUCAGCUUGUACACCAGUCUUACUUUCCCGAUAACUUUGACAGCUUUCCAUUGAAGUGUGCAUGACGGAGAGAAGGAGAGAGAAACAAAAGAGAGCGGGAGCCGCUUUAAAAAAAACACAUUCAGAGUGAAUAGUGCAACGGUAAGCCAAUUGAGUGAAAGAAAAAUCACUCCUACAUGCAUAGUGGCAGGCAACGGAAAUUUCCCUGCAACCCCAAUGACUGGCUAUUAAUAAAUGGAGUAAGAGCCUAAUGAGAACAGAAUCCUCUGGAGGCAACUCUUCUUUUCUCUUUGCUGCUCGCCCUCUCUCUCUCAUCACUCGCUCGCCAACAAUCAGAGGUGUUAAUAAAGUCAGCUCCAUUUAGACGUCAUUUCAACAGCAGCUCACCUCUGACUGCAUUGUUUCCUAACAUUUAGAGGACCGCGUUUGAUCCCAAUAUCCGAGCAGAGAAACUAUUCCUAACUCAAAGUUUCAUUUGUGCUACCAAGUUUUCUUCUGAAUAAUUUAGUGGCUUCGGCAAAAUACAACUGCCUGAGGUCCCUGAUUUUUCUGAGGACCCUUAAAGCUCCAGACUUGAUUUUUUUUUAUCAGAAAGUUUUAAAUCCACAAGUCACAUUCAUACGUCAUAGUCCCAAAACUUUGUCAAGACAUGAUCAGAAAAUGUGUCUGGAUGUUCUGAUUUCUACGAUAGUCAAGUAUCAAAAUCAGGAAGUUAGGAAAAGAUCUGAGACUGAAAUCACAGAAGUUUACUGCAAGCCUCCAAGAACUUUUUGGUUUCUAUGUUUUCAAAGUUUUAUUAUAUUAAUUCCAUAUUAUUUGUUAUUAUUUCCCAUUACCUUCUUCUUUCUCAGUCUUUUUUAAAUGCUUCAGUUUAUUGUUGUAACUGUUGUUGUUUUCCAUACGUCUGUCCUGCUGUGAAGCACUCUGCGCUGCAUGCUUUUAUAAAUGAAAGUUGUGAUAGGAAGGAAGUUGAGUUAAGUCUGAAAGAGUAUGAAAUAUUUUUAAAGAGUGGCAGCACCUCAAAAGUUUUUCCUGUCACUGAAGGACUGUCCCAGGAGUAUCUGCUUUUUAUAAUACUUUUGUCCUCUUCAAAUGAUUCAAGUUUUAAGACUUUUUGGCAUACAUGUGGCAUAAAAUAAUAAACCUGGGGGACCAGUCACACCUUAAACAGAGGUUUAAACAUUUCCUCAUCUUUUGGAAAUGGGAUUAAGAUUUUGUCCAUCAGGGACUUCUUCUGGAACAAAGGCAGCAUCAACAUGUAUUCAUUUGAUGUUGGUGAAAAUGUUAAAUGAGAGGGUUGAUGUGGGAGAAACUGAACCCAGUGCUGAUACAGGAGAUCACGCACAAUGCAGAGGAUCUGGUCUCAGCCUUGAAUUUGAUCAUAUAGGAUCAGGAGAAUCGGUUGAUUGAAAUUGUGUGUACUCCUUGACAAUAAUAAUCACUCAAUCAUGUUGGUUAAUUUUACUGUGUGAUUUGUCUUUUUAAAAAUAAUCAGUCAUUUAUGUUUGGUUUCCUACAUGCAAUCACCACCUAAAACUUUCAUAUUUUAUUGGUUAUUUUAAACUUUAUCAAUUUCUCUAUCAAAUAAAUAAUUGAUAAAAUACUUCUUCGAUCCAUAACAACAAAUAUAAUCUAUGGUUGCAACACCCAAUCUUAUUUUAGUAAAGGCUGUACUCAGUUGUGGAAGCAGACCCAAUCAAGAGGGACUAUAAGAGGGUAAGUGAGAAUUUUUUUUACUCAGUGCUGGCUCUGGUUUUUAUUUUUUUUAAUUCUUGUCUCUUAACUUUAGACCACGUAAAUCAUUUUAUGUAAAACAGAGUCCAUACUUUGGUGUAGUCGUUCUGUACACUUCAUGAACCCCUGUGCCUUGUCACUGACCCGCAGCGCUGUGCUGUAACACACAACACUGCCAUCUAGUGGAGCCUAACAGUUCCUGCUCUGGUCAUACAAGAAGCAAGGACUCACACACAAAUGCGCACAUGCACACUCAAACACACUCACACACACAGGUGACAGUAUAACCAUUCGUUUCAGGAGAUUUUGUCCCUGGGAGCCAUACACCUGCUAAUGCUAGGACAGUGGUUCUCAAAGUGUGGUAUGGGGACACAAGGGGGUCCUUUAGGAGGCUCCUGGCAGGUCCCUUUGAAAGACGAUUCAGGUAAUCCUGUGAUCUUUUUAUACAUUUUAUUAGUGUAUGAAAACCAUACUGGUAAGGUCCAGUUUUUAAAUGCAUUGAUUUCUACAGUCUGGUACUCAGACGUUAAUCAGGAAUGAUUCCUGUGCAGGUCUGCAGGGGUCCAGGGAUUAGCAUGCAUAUAUGUGUGUUUGCAAAUAUUCAGAUUCUCUUCACCACAGCCGCCACUUUAAGUGUCAAACCGAAGAGCGUCAAUAUUGCUGCUCUAUAGAACAUAAAUGCCACGCAAAUAUGCAAGGCUGCAUUUUUAAUUGCUCAGUGUGUGUAUAUCAUGUGUACUAAGUGUGUGUGCGAGUGUGUGUGUGUUGCAUGCUUUUUGAACUGUAUGCUUUCUGAAUUGUGACUAACAGGGAGUGUGUAGGGGCUCAAGUUAAUGAGGUUGGGUGAGCGAUGGGGGGGCCGGCGCUGGUCUUCAGGGGCCGAUAGGGCCCAUUGGUUCCUCUCCUCUUCUCAGAGAGAGAGAGAGAGAGAGAGAGCAAGAGAGAGAGAGUGAGAGAGCAAGAGAGAGAGAGAGGAAUUUAAUUUGAAUCUAAAUCUGUUUCUGAUGGGAAAGAGAGACAUGAGCCAAAGCAGUUCAGUGUCAUUUAUGACGACUCUAUAUUUUGAGUAGAGUCAGUUUACAUAAACACAAGGGAGAUGCAACCGUGUUGGAGAAUAGCAGAAAAAAAAAAAACUCAGAGAUGAAAGAGAAAGUGAAACACAGAGGAGUUUAUGUGUCAAAAUCUGAAUUUUUCCUCCAACAGCUGCAGCCUGAUGAAUCUCACUGACUGACUGAGUUAUGUGAGGACUCAGAGGCGCAGAUUUACUGCACAACUUCUGAAGGUCCUUGAGAGAAUAACUAAAGCCUGAUAUCGUAUAUCACUGUCGUUCAAUCCUCAUCUAAAAUUUUAUGGCAUUUUUCUAAGAAUCUGUCAACUGUUAAAAAAAUCACUGAAUAUAUUUUCAGAUUUUUUUUAAUGUUCUCGUUGUUUAGUAGAAGACAAAGCAUCCACUGUUCCUUUAUUGUUUCUAAUGAACCAUAUAAGGCUGCCUUUAUCAGCCAUUUAUAAUAUCACUGCCAGGUCAUGACUGAUGCUGAGUAACAAGUCUCUGUGUCUCAAAACAGUUACUAAUCCUGCAUGCUAUUUUAUUAAUUCAUCGUUCUUCUCAAAAUUAUGUUCACCUUAAAAACUCUGACAAAAGCGAGCGUUUGGUUUCACAAAUUGAAGCACUGAUGUUUGUCAGCAAAGAGACUCCGGAACCAACCUGUUCUCACUCAUCAUAUCAAAGAUAUAUCUGUUAAAGGGAGUCUGACACAAUUCAUCUUUGCCUGUUGACACUGCGGCAAAAUAGGGGGGUUUGUUUCAGACUUGUUUUGAGAGUUUAUGUUAAUUUAUGUUAACAAUCUCUCACCGUGGAAGUUUUACUGACUAAUUUAACAGUGUAAAUACUCCAUUUUUGAAACAGUGAAAUCAUUUUUAAAUCCAAGAACUCAAGGUUGUAGAAUUAUUCUAUUUUGUCAUUUUCCGUAAAUGUUUGCAGACUUGAAAAUGACUAAGUGCUGUUCUUGCAGCCCACAGCUAUGUAACAGCAAGACAGCAAACUAUACAAACACACAAAAUACUGGAACCAUUUAAAAUACACUUAAAAUGUGCUAAAUCUCUUACGGUGUUAAGGAGGUGUUGCUUUUAAGGAAUGGAGAGUAAUUUACUUUUUGUGUUUUCUUCAUAUUCAGCCACUUUUUUUCAGAAGAUGUUAAAACUAUCUCAUCAAUAUUGUCAAUUGUGGAACAGAUUUGGGUGUUAAUGUCUGAAUUUUUUGCUAAAUUUUCUUCAAGCAAGCUCAUUUUUAGUGUGAGCUCACACAACACUGACCACCAGCAGUAAGACAUUUGAGGUAUGCCGUAAAACAGUGUACAGAGAGUCUGUUUUAAAGGCUGAAAUUUUCAUUAAGUAAGUAGGAAAUCAAGUUGAUAUCUGUUAUUUCUUGAAGCAUAUGUUUGGGACAAAUUCAAAAUGAUAAUUAACAAAAUCAGAGCACAAGCAGUCUGAGGUAUCAGACCUAUGUAGGGCAGUUAAGACGUACAUGUACUUGUGUAUGUAUGUUUGUUUUCUCAGCUAUGAGAUCAUAUGAUCAGUUAAAAUAUGAAUCAAAAAAGGUCACGAAAAACUUUUUAAAAUAUUUAAUUUCUAAUUUCUAAUUUAUUUACAUGUGCACCAAUAUGACCACAUACAGUAUGUAUGCAAACACAUAUAAACAAAUAUAUCGUUACACAAUACACUUAUUGAUAUGCACACACAGAGAGAUAUUUAGUUGUAGAUGUACAGUUUGAGUAAAAGCAUAAUAUCGUGGAACCAGCCUGUAAAAGACGGCUGCUUCAGAGUUGUCCGACAAAAAGAAUUUGAUUUCUAAACUUUAAAAUUGAAGUGAAAUAGCUUGAAUAAGUUUUGCAAAGGGUUGAAUAAUUGAUUUAAUGUCCGGGGGAAAACGUUAGGUAAGGUCUGAGUUGUUAAAGAUGUGAGUUUUAAAGCAGUGUGUGAUGCUGUUUUCCUGUAUUUAUUUGUGUUGCCUGAUUGACAUUUGCAGAUCUUUUAUUGUGAUUCACAUUUAUUCUGCACUGACACUCAAAGGCAGACCUCAUCCUCUCUUACACAGCGUCCUCCUGUUCUACUCUUAAUUUUUUGACUUCACACAGACCUCACUGAUAAUCCCCCCCCUCCACCCCUCAACUCCCUGCUAUCUCCCCCUGACUUCUCUCUUCCCUCCACUUCAUCUCUCCCUCUCUCUCGUGCCGUGAUAUUUCUCUUCUAUUUAAAGGCCACUAAAGAUCAAGCUUUAGAAAGACAUUUCAAUUUACUUACUGGCCUUUGGAAAGCACCUCCGGUUAGAUUUGGAUGCCAUGGUACAGUUAAUGGUGUAUAUCUGUUAAAUGGCAAGCGUGAGCCGCAGCAUCGAUCACAUCUGGGAGAGGAGAUGGCAGUAGAUAUAACAGCAGGUACAGAGCAUUAUCCCUCUGUCAAGGAGAAUGGAGACUUCUAGUGGAUGUGGAUUAUCUGUUUUACUGCCAGCGUAUCAUCCCACGCCCCCUUAAAACAAAAGGGUUUCCCUCUGCCGGCUCUCGGUCGCAGGGACUCAGGUACAGAACAGCCAGCUGUGACUUUUUCCCUCGAUUAAUCAUUGGAGAGAGCCUGCAGGCUGCAGGCAUCAAUAAUUUUAAAGGAAAGGGCUUUACAGUAAAGAUUAUAAGCAUGAGAAUGCCUUAGCAUAUUAGAAAUCAGCAUUUUUUUUUUCUCCCUUUGCUUAAAUGCUUUUGCUCCCCUCCGGUGUGCUGACCUCUCAGUCCACAAGCAACAUGUUAAUGGAUUCACAGAGCGCAGACGCAGCUCCUGACUCACUUUUCAGUUUCAGGGUUUAUGGAGGCUGGUGUUCGCCAGAGGGGAUGUCGCCUGGAGGAGUCCGCAAAGAGCACAGAGCUUUACUGGAGCUAAACUAUUACAACACAUCCGAUUGUUUUUUUCUGUAUUUGUUCUCUCUUUUCUGUUCAGAAAUUCCACACAGUCAACUCUCACACCUAAACCUCAACCUUUAUCUUGCCAUGAUUGAUCGCAUUUUUCCUGAGAAAUGACCGUGAUCAUACCACAAAAGUGACAUCCAAAAAAAUGAAUUUCUGUUAAACUGGGCUCACAAAAAUCAACACACACCCUUAAAAAGUUUCACUUAUAAAAGUAAGGCCGGGUUCACUCUGCAGGCCUAGCGUGUAAAAACAGAAAGAGCUGUUAGAGAUGUCUGGUUUAUCCUUACAUGUUUUCGGAGCCCUCAGGUGCCAGACCAAGAAAAAGAGCCACGUGCAGAUUCAUGCACACACACAUUGGCAAUCCACGAGCAUGGUUUGUAAUCCAUACAUGCAGAUUUGCAUGUAAUUCGUUUUUCUUUACCUUGGCACCUCAGGGAUCCAUCCAUGUGUUUUAAUUAGAGGUCUAACCUCUCCAUAGGAGACAGGUUGCGAGUGUGGAACUUUCCCCCAACCCAAGUUCAGAAAAAGUUGGGACACAACUUUGUUAAUGUUAAUUAAAAACUGAAUUUGAUGGUUAGCAAAUCGUUUAAAUACUAUGUUUAAUUGAAAAUGUCACACAGACAACAAAUAAAUUAAAAAGUUUGAUUGUUUUAGGAAAAUUAAAUGCUCAUUUAAACUUCAUACCAGCAACCCUUUUUUUAAUAAGUUGGGACAUGGAAACAAGACCCCCUAAAAGUUGUGUAAUUCAAACGAUAAAAAUAAAACUUGAGGUAAAAUUGGUUUAUUAUGAAAAGACUUUUUUUUUUUUUAAAGGGGCACUUUGGAGAAGCUGAUAUCCUCAGAGGUAAAGAUGGGAUGAGCCUCACCAGUCUGUGAGAGACUGCAUGAGCACAUAUUCAACAUCAUUAUCAUUUAAAGUACAUAACACCAAGGUUUUCAAACAAAAACAAGAAAUCUCUGAAUGGGACAAGACCACAAACCAAAGCUGGAUGACUGUGAUCUUCGGGCCCUCCCAGGGGCGCUGUAUUAGAAAUAGGCAUGACUCUGUGGUAGAAAUCACUGCAUUGGCUUAAAAUCACUUCCAAAAACCACCAUAUCAUCAAGCGCAGUUUCGCUGUCUCUAAACUGUUCCCUGCAAAGAGGAACAUAAUCAAGAAACAGUCAUGACUCCUCCAGGUCUGAGCACAUUUAAAACAGAAUGAGGAGAGUGGGAAAACUGGGUUGUGGUCAGAAGACUCAAACUUUAACAUUCCUAUUGGAAAUCUUGGACACGGAGUCCUCUGCACUAAAGAGGAGAUGGAUGGCCCGGUCAGCUUUUCAGCCCACAGUUCAAAUUUAGCAUCCAGUCUGUCCUCUAUUGAACACAUUUGGGACAUCAUGUGAUUAAAAAAAUACCACAAAAAAGACCCCAGCCUGAAACUCUUUAAGGACAUGUUGCUGACUUUUGUCUUGGCACAGUUUUCAGUAGCAUGAUGUGAUUUUUAUAUAUCAUUUAUAUAUCAUCAAGUGUUGAUUUUGUUUUUCUUUUUUUUUAUUUAAUGGGGGGUUUAUAGUAAAAAGUAAGUGUGUACAUCCUGUUUGUCAUAUUUGAAUCCCAUCAUAAUAAUCAUAUUUCUUGUUCUUUAAACUAAUACUCAGUGAUUCUCUCCCUUUUCACAUAGAAACGAAUGGCUCCUGA